AAAGCGGCGCGAAGGCAGCGGCGGCGGCGGCGGCGGCGGCGGAGAGCUCUGCUUCUGCGCGCAUCUCGCGCAGGGGACCCGCGAGAGCCCGCUGGGCCGCCCCCUCUUGCUGCUUCCCCCGCGGAGCCGAGACUCAUGCAGGGAGGCGGCGCGGACGCUCCUUCGCAGCAGCAGCGCCAGGCGCCCCGUCCUCGCCGGCGUCGCCUUUUGUCCACGCGCCCCGUUUCUCCUCCUUGUGACUUGGAUGCAGCGAGCCUGCAUCCGAAGGGAGUGGCUGGCUGCUGCUGCUGCUGCCACCGCUGCCACCAGGAUUAUUACAGCUGUUUCUGUUUGAGGGAGCAGGCGGCCUAAGAUCAGCCCCGCCGAGGUCGGAUCCUUCCCUCUGCAAAAAAAAAAAAAAGGCGGAAAAAAGGAAGAAGCAAGCUUGCACGGUCAGAAGAAAGGAGGUAAGCCCACCCAGCGCAGGAGGAAGGAGGGAGGCUGGGAUUCAAAAGGGAGACCUUCUUCAGGGUGGCUGCCUUUGCUGAGACAGCAACAAAGGAGGGGAUGGAGGGGUGGGAUGCAGUUUCUGGGAUGGAGGGUGGAAGGAGAGAGAGGGGGGAGGCAUGCAGAGGGUUGGGGAGGGGGCUGCUUCUGGUUGGGGGCUUGGGGGGAGGGAGGGGGGGAGAUCUGCAGAUCCACCCCAAAUUGGAAAAUAUCUGAGCAUCCAACAGGAAAGGUUUGCUGCGCCAGCCCUUCCUUGGCAACGGAUUCUAUCCGAGGCUGUUUGGCUCCUUCCAAACAUGCACACAUGCAUCCCUUCUCUCCUCCUGAAGGGCUGGUCCUUGUCCUUGGGUGGAAGGGAGGAAAAGCAGGGCUCUUGUUAUUGUGGGGUGCGUUUUGCGUGAGGGGGCACGGGUGAGGACCAAGCUUUGGGAUAUUCGACAUAUUCCCCCCUUCCUCCUCUCCCCAGGUUUGGAGGGUGAGGUUAAAAUGACAGACCGCAGUGGAGGGCGAAGAAUGUUGACGGGAACACACUUUAAAAAAUGAGGAUUAUAAUGUAAUAAUUAAUGCGGCUUCUCCAUCUUGGGAAAAGCUGUUCUGCACACACAGGCACACCAUCUGCGAACGGCCGCCUGGCUCUGGUUGUUCAUCUUGCAGGGAUGGAGCUGUUGGCUAAGGAUGCCCUGUGUUGACAACUGCUUUUGAGUGGACUUGGCGAGAGAGGAGUGGCUGGGGGAGAGUGACAGUCAGUUGUGUUUGGGCAUCUUUGGUACCAGGGAUGGAGCACACCUUGAAGUGUGUGUGUGUGUGUGUGUGUGUGUGUUGUUUCUGAGUAGUUGCAGAAUGCUUUCCUCUUCUCUGCUAACAAGCUUGGAGGCAGUUCACUUCAUUCAUCUACAGACCAUCGCCUGACCGAUUUGCAGCUUGGAGGGUGUGACUAUGGGAUGGACUCCUCUAUUUUUUUUAAAAAACGUGGCUGAAGUAUUGCAGCAGCUCUGCCUGGCUUGCCUCAUUCCUAUGUGCAAGUCACCCCUCGAUGUGGUAGUCACCAAGCCAUGAGCCAGCCUUGUAGUCACUUCCGACUGCUUUAUGGAGUGAGGCAAUGGGCUUCCAGGUGAGAGGGCAUGAACUCCUGGAAGGGUUGACUUCCCUUCUGGGGAAGUAGCUGGGGUUGCUACUUCUUUUCUUUUCUUUUAAAAAUGAAACUCUGGGUGACAUCCAUGUUUGCACAUUGGUGAGGAAGGCCCAGGGGUCAAACCCUGUUCAGCUGGGUGAGUACUUCAGGCCUCGGCUCCGCAGCUGCAAAAUGGGUGCAGUAGCUGUGUCAUGAGAGUCUGUUUGUUUAAGCAGCUCCUACCUGAAGUCUGUUCUAGGUUCUUUAAGGUAAAGGGUAAAGGGACCUCUGACCAUUAGGUCCAGUCGUGGCUGACUCUGGGGUUGCGGCGCUCAUCUCGCUUUAUUGGCCGAGGGAGCCAGCGUACAGCUUCCGAGUCAUGUGGCCAGCAUGACUAAGCCGCUUCUGGCGAACCAGAGCAGCGCACGGAAACGGCGUUUACCUUCCUGCCGGAGUGGUACCUAUUUAUCUACUUGCACUUUGACGUGCUUUCGAACUGCUAGGUUGGCAGGAGCAGGGACCAAGCAAAGGGAGCUCACCCCAUCACGGGGAUUUGAACCGCCGACCUUCUGAUCGGCAAGUCCUAGGCUCUGUGGUUUAACCCACAGCGCCACCAGCGUCCCUUCUAGGUGCUUUAACUAUGUGUAAAAAACUAUGUGCUUUAAAAUGCGUAAAAAAACAAAAAGUGGGAGGGGGAGAGAAGAAAUAAUCAAUGGAAUCCCUGAGGUUCUCAUUCUGUUUCCAUGAAUAAUUCUUAAGACAAGGACCCUUCUGGUGUUAAUGGAUGCAACGCCCAUCAUCCCUGGGCCAUUUUGGCUGGGGCUGAUGGGAGUCGGAGUCCAGCAGUAUUAGGAGGGCCACCGGUUCCCUGUUCCCGCCCUUAGGGUCGUGGGUUCAAGCCCCAUAUUGGGCAAAAGAUUCUUGCAUGGCAGGGGGUUGGACUGGAUGAUUCCCUUCCAACUCUAUGAUUCUAAUUAAUAAGCCCCUGAAUGAUUGUAAGAAUAUUUUUAGAAACAAACUUGCAACGCUUCCUUACAAUUUGAAAGCUUGGGCAAGUUAGGUGCUCCCUCGUUGCCUUAACCAUGUGACUUUAAUUCUCAUUGUAUGCCUCCUGGUUUUAUAAAGUUUUUUAAUGCACCUGUGGCUGUGGGAGGAAAAAAAGGAUUAAUUCUUUUUUCUCCACCUCCCUCCGUCUUGCGGUUUCCCCAAUCUAAAUCCCUCCAUCUAAACAUCUACAAUGGAAAAUAGACAGGAGCUUGUAUAGGAUUUCGCAAACUUUGGGUUAUAGAGUGAGUUCAAAAAUAUUCCAAUUUAUGACAUUUUAUUUGUGGUGUGAUACAUUAUCUAUUGAAAUCUGACCUGAGUUUCUUUUUUUGAGGGUGGGAAAGCAAGAGGCAAGAGUGCUGCAAUUCUGUAGUACUUAAUAGGAGAAAUCACACUGAAUUUGAAUAACUAGGCACAUGUAUGCUUGCACUGUUAGUUGAUAAUAUUUUGCAGUCUUGUUUAAUACAACAGGAUCCUUUGCUGUUAAUGUUACUGGGGGCUCCUGUUGUUGCUCACUUCACUCAAUGACCCCCUACCUCCUGGAUUCUCCCUACUUUAAACCUGUCCAAAUCCACCCCAUGGCUUGCUCCAAACUCCUUUCCCACUCAGCUGUCCCCAAACUCCCACCCCCUUCCCUCGCAGAUCUUUAAAUGCCCAACUGGGGUGGCACGCUUCAGAAAGCAGUCCUCCCAAUUGCUCUCUGGAGUGUCUGCUUUCCUUUAAAUGUUCCUCCUUCCUCAGCAGCUUGCCUGGGCUGCCUGCCAUCCAAGCCACUUGCUUGCUUGCCUCCUUGCUGUUUGGCUUCCCCCCUUACAAAAAUAUAGUGUUAUUAUUUGUAUCUGUUAGCUGCUUUCCUCACAAAAGUGAACCAACGUGACUUUACAAACCAGUUACAGCAAACACAACCUAUAACCCCACCCCCGGCGCAACAAUGCAAAUAAAAGGCAGGUUUAACAGAUCCUGUCCCACUAAAAGAGGCCACGAGUAGUCGAAAGCCUGUGUAAAAGAGGGCAAUGUUUUCCUGGUUCCUAAAAAUAAAGACGGUGCCAGUUGAGCUUUGCUGGGGAGAGCAUUCUGCAGGUGGGGAGCCACCACUAAAAAGGCCUCUUGUGUUGCCACUCUCCAGACUGCCCUCAGAGACGACACACAGAGAAGGGCCUCAGAUUAUGAAUGUCAGGUCCAGAGUGGUUGCUGUGUGGAGUGAUGGUGGCAGCGUUCCAAAUUUGUCAAGCGCAUUUUGCACCUGGCUGUUGCCCACCUGCAAGCAAGUGAAGAUGCCUGGGUGCCAGGAUAGCACCUCACAUCUCCAUCUGGAGGUGGAUGCCUAGAGUUGCUUGGAUCUUAACUGUUUUCACACACUAGCAACGCAUCCUGUAGAAUUCUAUCUGCACAAUCAGAAUAAAUUUCAGGGACCAAAAAGUCAUUCUGGAAAAAACAAGGCUUUUGAGCUGUCUGGCCCCAAGAUGUCAACUAGGCAUUCUGUCUUGGCGACUAAUCCUGGUUUAAGGAGCCAUUUGGCGCCUAGCUUAUAUAUCGGAGUUUCUAACCCUGGAUGGUAGAGGUACUUUACAGAGGACUGUCCUCUGUGAAAUAGACCACUAUAUAUAUCAAUAUAUUAGAGUAUGGCUUUGGGUUGUUGACUGUGGGUUAAUCGCUUGAUUUCUGGCUUUGCUUGAUUUGUGGCUGCCUCUUUCUCUCUGUUUUGAUGUUGGCUUCUACGAUGCUUUCUUGGCUGUGCUUGAUGGAAAGGCUGACUCUAAGCAAGGCCAGAUGGGAAAGUGUGUUUGUGUGUGUGUGGGGGGUGUGAUGGCGAUGGCGGUGGCUUUCUGUCGUUUAUUGGUUUAUGUUGGAUGAUGUUGGUGGCCCAUCCAGACUCACAAAGGCAGCCACAUUCCCUGAAGGGCGCAGAAGAAACAAAGCACAAGGAAUGUUGUGUGGAAAGGGAAGAAGAAAUGUGUCUUCUUCCCUGACAAAUAGGUCUGCCUCUGCUCUAUACCUUUAAAACACAUUCAAAACACACACACACAAUUCUGGGAUCUGUAGUUUGUUAAAGGCUGCAGGAAUUGUAAAUCCGUGAGGCAUAAACUACAGUGCCCAGAAUUCUUUGAGGAGAAAAAUGUGCUUUGGAUGUGCUUUAAAAGUUGUAUUGUCUACACAGCCAGAGUUACUGGAUUUGGUGUACUAAACAGGCUAGCAGGUAUAUUGUGUAUUUUCUGUUGUGAUUUAAUAGCUAUAUCUAUAUACAGUCGUACCUUGGAUCCUGAAUGCCUUGCAAAUCGAACGUUUUACUCAGGGUAGAGCCUAAGAACUCUUGGUGUCCUUAACAGACUACAGUUCCCAGGAUUCUUUGGGGAGAAGUCAUGAGUGUCUAAAGUGGCGUCAUAGUGCUUUAAACAGACGGCUUUCACCCCACCCCACCCCACCCCACCAAAGCCCAGGCUUAUUGCCUGAAGCUGGGACUGUUGGUCCUUGGUGGUCCUGAAAAUGUCUGCAUUGUAAAUUAUGAUAUUGGGAAGAAUUCUGUGACAGUUGCCAAAUUCAGCACAUGCACAAUUCUGCCCCCCCGCUCACAAAAGGGUUGUAUCUGCUCAGAGUAUACCUAUUUGAAUUAAGGGACCUACGUUAGUCAUGUCCACAGGGCUCUGAAUAUGUAAAAAUGCGCACCUUAAGUCUAGUUGGGGUGUGAGAUUAACAUGGCACCUAAAAAUGUCCUGGCAAUAAGUGAGGUGUUAGAACAUGAGUUGUCAGUCUUUGAACAUGCAAGGAGAAAGGAUUCAUCAAUCCACAACAACCCAGAUCCACAACGACCCCAUUCUCUCUUUCCCCUCCCCCAAGGUGCUGAAUACCCCCAGCAUAAAAUCAAUACCUCUUUAGGUUCUCGGCACACAGAAAUCUGGGUCAUCUGUCUAGACAAGGGAGACUUGGCCUUUAGGUGCCUUUCAGAAUGACAUGGGAGGAGAUUGAAUACCUCCUGUCCAAUCGGUCUGACGGGCAUAUAUCUCUGUGUGUCGACUUACACUGUGAAAAUGUUUUUGUGGAUUCACUGAUAUGUAAGCAAACUAGCUCAGUCCCUCUAGAAAUUUCAUGGCUGCCUUCUCCCACACAUACAUUCUGCUCCAACCACUUUGGAGGACAGGUGGCUGGUAUCCACUAGGACUGGAAGGGUGGAGCAGUGGGCGGAACCCAAUAGUGUAGUGGCAAAUUCAGAAGUGAAGGGUCCCUUCAUGAUUGUCACAGUCACACCCCUCAGUUUCAGAUUCAGGUAGGUAGCUGUGUUGGUCUGACGCAGCCGAAACAAAAAAUUAAAAAAUGGUCAAGUAGCACCUUAGAGACCAACUAAGUUUGUUCUGGGUAUGAGCUUUCGUGUGCAUGCACACUUCUUCAGGUAUUUUUUAAUUUCCCUUAAUUCUUAAGUUCCCUCAAUUUCAAACACUGGUUGUUGCAAAAUAUUGGUUCAACAAUGGUAUAGGAAGUGUAUUUACUUUCUUUUAAUGCAUUAUUAUGCAUUAUUAUUAUUAUUAUUAUUAUUACAGUCGUACCUUGGAUCUUGAACGCCUUGACUCCCGAACAAAUCAGCUCCCGAACGAUCGAAACCCGGAAGUGAGCGUUCCAGUUUUCGAGCGUUCUUUUGGAAGCUAAACGUCUGACGGGGCUUGCGCAGCUUCCGAUUGGCUGCAGGCGCUUUCUGCAGCCAAUCAGAAGCUGUGCUUUGGUUUCUGAAUGUUUUGAAAGUAAAACAGACUUCCGGAACAGAUUCUGUUCGACUUCCAAGGUACGACUGUAUAUUUUUGUUGCUUUCAAAUAGUCCAAAAUAGCCUGUGCCAACAUGGUACCCUCCAGGUGUUUUGGAUCUACAACUGGCUGGGACUUCUAGCCCCCAACAUCUGGAUUGCAUUAGGAUGGCAAUGACUAGUCUAAAUGGUAUGUUUGCCCUGUUGUGAAGGUUGCAUGCUCAAGGUUAUAUGAAGGUCAGGUGGCUGUUGUGUGCAGGAGAAGGUUGGGCAGGAGACCAUACAAGGCUGCCUCCGAUAAAUUGAUGCUGAAAUCCAGCAUCGCCUGAGUUCUGCGAGUGUGGCUUUCUCCCGAUUGUAGUGCAGAGUGUUUGAGGACCGGGACAUUCACAGGGAAACCAAAAUGCUUGUUUACAAAGCUAUUGUACUACCAACCUUAUUGUAUGCUUGUGAAACAUGGACCACUUAUAAACACCAUCUCCAACUCCUUGAAAGAUUCCAUCAACAGUGUCUCCAAAAUUUUUUACACAUCACUUGGGAAGCCAGGCAAACUAAUACCUGUGUACUGGAAGAAGCAAAGAUCACCAGUGUUGAGGCAAUGAUUCUUCAACAUCAACUUCGUUGGACUGGUCAUGUUGUGUGGAUGCCUGGUUAUCGUCUUCCAAAGCAACUACUCUAUUCCGAACUUAAAAAUGGAAAGCGUAAUGCUGGUGGUCAACAAAAGAGGUUUAAAGACUGUCUCAAGGCAAAUCUAACAAAAUGUAGCAUAAACACCAACAAUUGGGAAACACUUGCCUGUGAGCGCGCCAAUUGGAGAACAGCCUUUACCAAAGGUGUCAUGGGCUUUGAAGACACUCAAACUCAGGAAGCAAGGGAGAAACGUGCUAAGAGGAAGGCACACUUGGCAAAUCCACACCGUUAUCAACUCCUGCCCGGGAACCAAUGUCCCCACUGUGGAAGGACGUGUGGAUCCAGAAUUGGCCUCCACAGUUACUUAUGGACUCAUUGUUAAAACCGUGUUUAUGGAAGAUAAAAUACUCGGCUGCGAGUGAUCGCCAAAGAAGAAGUAGAAGUUCUUUGCUCUGUGGGUAAAAGUGUUCUUGCAGGUAUGUGCCUAAGAGAAAACCAGCCUCUAAUGUGUAUCUCUUCAGGUGAACCAGUGUGGGUGAUAGGUUCUGAGGGCUUUUAAAAGCGGGCAAGACUAAGAGAUGGAGGAGGAGAGACAUGCUGGCAUUGAUUCGUCUUGGUGGGACCUCAGAUCUGGCUGCAUUCUUUUGACAAUGAAAGAAUCCUCCCAUUGUGGGCCCAGACUGCAUACUUUCCCCAAGAGGAUAUCGCAGGAAAACAGGCUAAGCUUGGUGGUGACCGGGUAGGUGAGCUGGUAGCUACCUCCUCUCCAGGGGUGAAAUGUACCCGCAAACUCACAGAGCUCCUGCUAUUCAGGAGCCCAUGGGCAAUGGAGAGUUGGUGGUAUCUGGGCUGCUGCAAGCCAGCUGUGGAUCUAUAUUGCCACAGUGCUGUCACCUGGGCGACUGAAAUGUUUCUGUUUCCAAACUGAGACCUGCCGUGAGUCACUAGGGCUGCAUUACUGACACAAGGGAGCUGUCCAUAGGUUCAGCCAGCUACCUGCAACUUACCUUGCUCUCCCUGUUUUUCUGAAACUAGAGCCACAGCUACACUAUGCAUUUAAAGCAGCAUCAUACCACUUCAAGCAGUCAUGGCUUCCCCUCCCCUAAGAAUCCAGGUAGUUCCUGCCUGGAAGAAACCCCCAACCAGCCUCCCCCAACCUGGUGCUCUCCAGGUGUGUUGAAAGUACAACUCCUGUUGGUCCCAAAGCCAAAAUGACUGACAGGAGUUGUAUUUAUUAUUGUAUGUAUUUCAUUUACAGUGGUACCUCGGGUUACAGGUACCAUACGCUUCAGGUUACAUAUGCUUCAGGUUACAGACUCCGCUAACCCAGAAAUAGUGCUUCAGGUUAAGAACUUUGCUUCAGGAUGAGAACAGAAAUCAUGUGAUGGUGGUGGCAGCAGGAGGCCCCAUUAGCUAAAGUGGUGCUUCAGGUUAAGAACAGUUUCAGGUUAAGAACGGACCUCCGGAACGAAUUAAGUACUUAACCCGAGGUACCACUGUAUAUCCCAGCUUUUUCUUUCAGGAGCUCAAGGUGGUGGCCUGCAUGGUUCUUGCUCUCCUCAUUCACAACAACCCUGUGAGGUAGGUCUGAGAGGCAGUGGCCUGGCCCAAGGUCACCCAGUGAGCUUUGUGGCCGAGUGGGGAUUUGAACCCUGGAUCGACACUCUAACCACUACACCACACUGGCUCUCUUGUAGUCCGAAACCUCUGAAGGGCACCAGAAUAGGGAAGGUUGUCCUGGGAGAUUGUGAAAUUGAGAACCAAUUUAGUGGCUAGUGACUCAGGAGACAGCUUUGGGAUGGGGAAGGGUCCUUUCUCCACUCAGCAGCUGAAGCUGCGGAAAAGUACUGUAUUUUCCCGUGUAUAAGACGCCCCCAUGUAUAAGACGAACCCUAUUUUUUGUGUGCCCCAAAUUAAGAAAUAAUUAAUUGCAACAUUCCGUGUAUAAGAUGAUCCCCAAUUUUAAACUUAAAAUUUUUUGGGGGGAAAUAUAGUCUUAUACACGGAAAAAUACAGUAGAUUUUGUGCCACUGCUGCUAUGUGUGUUUGAAAUAUUUCAAGGGGUUCCCCCACCCCAAUCAUUUGCUGAUUUUUUGUUGUGGAUUUGGUUGUUUGCUACUUUGAUCAGCCUUAUUUACUAGAAAUGCACUUAAGCAGGGUUGCCAUAUGUCCGGAAUUGCUGGACGUAGCCAGAAUACGGCAGUUGGAAGCAGUGUCCGGGUGGAAAUCACUGGGAAAAUCCAGAAGUCUAGAAUCUGGAUUUUCACUUUUUGACAUAUGGCAACCUUAACUUCAGUCUUCACUUGUGAAGCACACAUAGCCAACUUGCAUGGACAGCAGAUGUGUUAACAGUUUGUUUGUGUUUGUACUGUGUGGCAAAAUGUGUAGCAUAGGUGCUUGUUUAGGAAACGGUGUAAAUCUGAGUCAUGGAAUCUUGCAGCAAUGUUUUCCAACCAAUGCUUGCAAAAAUGCAAACAUUAGGGGAGCGUGUGCAUAAAUCUGAAUAUGUUAGUGAAAAUAACACAGGGAAAUGCAUUACGUUAGGGAAAACCGCUUUGCAAAAAUUUGUACAUUAGUCAAAGCUGCGUGCAGAAAUGUGUUUAUGUGAAUAAAUUUGCACUAAAAUGUUGAAGGACUUUCAUGAGAAUUUUUCUAAAAAAUAAAAAUGUGCAAAUUGUUGCAGAAAUGUGACAAACUGAAUUUCAAACUGGAAAUCUGAGAGAACCAAAACUGGCAAAUCUGCCCAUCCCUACUCAGAGUAGACCAUUGGAAAUAGUGGACCUAAGUUUGCCAGUCUAUUAAAUUCAGUGUGCCUACUCUGAGCAGGGCUAGCAUUGUCUACUUACCCGUAGUGCUGUUCGUUUUCUGCCUGUGAACGUCCUUUAUUCUUAAGCCAAUCUUGGAACCGCAAAGUUGGACCUUUGAUAUCUCUGUAAGCCCAAUUAACUCAGAGAAUUGGGUUGCUGACGCAGUCCCUUUAUCCGCAUGGCCUGCUUCUUUUGACAUCCCCUUGUCCUUUUCCUUUGCAAAAAAAAAAGGAGGGGAGUCUGUGCUCUCCAAUUAAUGCUGGGAAAGUUUCAGCUGUGAAUGUGAUGCCCUGAAAGUCAGCAGCUCCCUCCCAGGCAGACAUUUGACUUUGCAAACGUCACAGAGGUGGAAGUGACCUUGCAAAGUUUGACAUUCUGGUUCACAACUUGCAUCCAAACCGUACAUUUUCAAAAAUAAAAAAAUAAAUUGUUGCCUACUAUAAAAUACAUUUGCCUCAGAGUGGCAAUACCAAAUUAACAUGCCUCAAAAGAUGAGAAAUAUUAUUAACUAUAAAAGUGCUUGUUUUGCAAUAACGCAAAAGGGACGUAUCCUCCCCCCCCCAUGAAAUGUUGAGCAGAUGGCUUCCCUUAAAGAAUAAUGGGAACUGUAGUUUGUCAAGAGUGCUGGGAAUUCUAGUUCUGUUGAAAGUAAACUACUAUGCCCAGAAUUCUAGGGGGGAGGGGGAAAAAGUCCUGUGCUUUAAAUGUAUGGUGUGAAUGUGACCCAUGAUGAGUUUUCUUUUUAUUUCUUAGAAGUUAUAAAGUUGGGCAGUGGCCAAUCUCACACUGUAUUCAUUUCCUUCCAUUUUUUUCUCCAAGAACCCGUACCUCCAAAUUUUAAGAACAGCAAACCAAAAGGCAGCUACAAAGAAUUACCUGCCAUUUCUGGCCAUACUGCAAUUGCUUAUAUCUUUUCUUUUGCGUUCCUCACCUGUAAAAAUAGGACGAUUAAAGGAUUGGCUUUUCAGCUUCUAGCAAAUAUUCUAGGCUAUAGUUACUCGGAUGUGGAUUUGUAUUUGUUUAUGCACAUCAUUUUGUGGGUUGCAGUGAUUAAGGCCACAUCCACAGUAGCCAUUUAAAGCACUUUGAAACCACUUUAAACAGGCAUAGUUUUCCCCAAAGAAUUCUGGGACCUGUAGUUUGUUAAGGGUGCUGAGAGUGCUUAGGAGACACACCGUCUCUCCCUCUGAAUGGUUUCAUAACCAGUCCUUCUUUCCAGGGAACUCUGGGAACUGUAGCUCUCUGAGGGGAACUCCUUGUUGUUGUUGUUUAGUCGUUUAGUCAUGUCCGACUCUUCGUGACCCCAUGGACCAGAGCACGCCAGGCACUUCUGUCUUCCACUGUCUCCCACAGUUUAGUCAAACUCAUGCUGGUAGCUUCGAGAACACUGUCCAACCAUCUCGUCCUCUGUCGUCCCCUUCUCCUUGUGCCCUCCAUCUUUCCCAACAUCAGGGUCUUUUCCAGGGAGUCUUCUCUUCUCAUGAGGUGGCCAAAGUAUUGGAGCCUCAGCUUCAGGAUCUGUCCUUCCAGUGAGCACUCAGGGCUGAUUUCCUUCAGAAUGGAGAGGUUUGAUCUUCUUGCAGUCCAUGGGACUCUCAAGAGUCUCCUCCAGCACCAUAAUUCAAAAGCAUCAAUUCUUCGGCGGUCAGCUUUCUUUAUGGUCCAGCUUUCACUUCCAUACAUCACUACUGGGAAAACCAUUGCUUUUACUAUACGGACCUUUGUUGGCAAGGUGAUGUCUCUGCUUUUUAAGAUGAGGGGAACUCCUAACAACUCUUAACAAAAUACAGUUCCCAGGAUUUUUUAGGCAAGGCCAUGUCCAUUUAAGCGGUAUAGCCUUGAACUUGUAGUCUUAAGUGGUGCUUCCCUGUUCUGCAUUUCUUUUGGUGCACCAAGCCAUUACCUUGUUUCUAUGUCUGGCUGGUGAAUCUUGAGGUAGAUUCCCACAAACCUCAAGUCUGCCCAUUUCUCUCUUCCAGUCCCUGGUACCUUGCAGGCUUGUGGCCUGAAAGACAGAGCCUGAGGGAUUUCCACGUUGGCCCGUUGCAGCAAAACCAGAAAAGAUAAGAUUUAUUGUGGUAUCAACUUUCUUGGAGUAGCGCCCGUUUUGUCAGGUGUGCUGGGCUUCUUCCUUAGCUGACUGAUUUAUAAAGACAAAUGUCACCAGUAGCAGAAUGUCCAGGAUGCCAGCCAGCCAGCCAACCAUUCCAUGCCCUUUCUCAGGAUACUUCAUUCCAUUCGGCCUAGUUUUAUGUCCCAUUGUCCUAGCCACCCACCCCAGCUAGCCGUCAUUCUGUGACCGGUCAGCAUACUCAGUCUUCAUGGGCUCUUUGGGGGAUUUUCUCCCCCUAAAGAUUUUUCUGCACUUCUGAAGGCUUUGAGUUUAGCUGGGUGUGCUGAUCUCCUCCUUUUUGUACAUGGAAGGGACCUUUUUAGCUGCAUAAGAUCCCACACUCAGAGAAUAAGUUUGCUAUUAGCACGUAAGAUCAUUGCUAGGUAAUAACAACUAUUAUGCAAUUGCAGCUGUAUAGAACACAAAUACCGUGUUCCUAGUUCUGCUUUUGCUAACUUAAUACAUAUUUAAAGAAAGAGAGAGAGCGCGCGCGAGAGAGAGAGAACCUGGGUUCAGGUUGAGUUAAUUGACAACAACAACAUCUUGCAGUUGCCCCAUUGGCUACCUGCACAGAUCCUCAUUCUUUCUAGCCACCGUGUCAUCCUGGCUUGUCAUGCAGAUGCAAAACUUAUUCCAUUCGCUUCAAAUUCAGAACUAUGACAGUUGCAUAACACCAAAGGGCAUCAAAGUUUCUUAUCUCCUUUGAACACGUCAAACAAAAUUUUGAAUCUGCAAGCGCCUCUUCCUUUCAGAAGAAGUUACCGUCUUCUACUUGGCAUAAUGAGGUCUCCUUUGAAAGCAAAGGGCUCAACAGUUUCAUCAAUGGAAAAUGCUGUCCUGCCCAGGAUGCAGAGGAUUGAAAAAUGUUGCUUAUUCAUGCAGAGACUGAAGUCAGAUUCCCCAUUUCCCAAACAGAGGAAUUUUCUGUUUGUUUGUUUUUAAGCAGGGGAUGGGGAAAUUGCCACCUUCCAUCUGUUUUGGGAUCACAGAUCCCAUCAUCCCUGCAUAUUGGCCAUGCUGGCUGGGGCUGAUGGGAGUUGGAGACUGACGCCGUCCAGAGGGCUAUAGGUUCCCCACUCCAUUUUCAAUUCUGCCUUGUUCCGUUGCUGCAGUGCUUUGCAGUAGCUUUACUGUAGAAAUUUUCCUUGCCUGGGGAAGGACCUUAGCUCAGUGGCAGAUCCUCUGCUUUGCAUGCAGGAUGUCAAGAAGUGAGCUGGCAGUAAAUCACACUGUUCAAAGUUGAAGUUAACUCUUUAUUAGCAAGAGCACGUCCUGCACAGACCUGGUGGAGUGUCAGGCAUAAUGAACACUGCAGCUCAUCCCUGCUAGCUCUUGCCCCAUGAAUCAGUUGCUGAGACUGAAAGUCCCCACCUCCCCACCGCCAUCUAGGUCCCCUCCUCUCCAGGGAUUUCCCCCAAGCAAUCAGAAACUGUGCCUACAUACAGCCUGCCACUACUCCGCCCUUUUCAUGCCUCUUCUGGUUCUGGGAGACAGUGGGAAGGGGAGCUUGUCGCGGCAGGAGGCAGAGACGCUCGUGACUCUUCACUAGCCUGACUCAUCUCUGCCUCAUGGCCUCUUUCCUCCAAACCUCCUGCUUCAGCGUCUACCUCUGAUUCUGGAAUCUCUCUGCCAGCUCCUAUUACCUCCUCAGCUUCCCACACACCCUCUUCCAAGUUUUCUCCCUCUGUCCCCUCAUUGUCAUUCCACUCCCCCCAGCAGUGGCGUGCGGUGAAAUAUUUCACAGGGGAACAGUUAGGGCCAGAGGUGCUAGCUUACAAGGGGCGUGGGGGUUGAUGUCAUGUAUGUAAUGUUGCGACGUCCCGACGUCACACACGUGAGCUUCGCGCCUCCCUCCCGAAGCUGGGCAGAGGCUUCCUGGGCUUUGGGAAGGAGGCACCAGGGAAAUAUUUAGGGAGUUAGCAUAGUCCCCUUAGUCCAGUGGCCACACGCCACUGCUUCCAGGCUCUGAGCCUUCUUCCCUUGGGGAUUCCACAUUCCUUUGCAUCCAGCAGGAGAUGCAGGAGGUCCCAGUUUCAAUCCCCAGCAUCCCUAGGUAGGGCUGGGAGUGUCCCUUGCCUGAAAGCCUAGACAGCAGCUGCCAGUCAGUGCAGACAGUCCUAAGCUAGGUGGACCAAUGAGCCAACUUGGGUGCCCUGUGUUCUCAAAACCUGAAAGCUGCAGUUAGCGCUCAUAAACUCCACUUGUCUUCAUUAUCCUGGCACAGUUCCCAUUGCACAUUAAACCCUGAGGCAGCCUGUUCUACUGCGCAACUAGCUUGUGUCAUUAGGAAGUUCCUCCUAACGUUUCACCAGUAUCUUCUUCCCCGCAAUUUCCAGCUGCUGGGAGAGUCCACAGAGAACAAGUCUGCUCCUGCGUGACAGUCCGUCAGAUGUUUGGAGGCAGCUAUCAUGGCACUCCCUUUAUCUUAUCUUCCCCAAGCAUUCAUGGGCCUUUUCUUGUCCUGAUCUUCCUUCCAGCAGUGCUUUUCUGCACACAAAGCCGCAGAAGAAAAAAGUGCAGAGUAAUCCUCUGGAGAACUUGGUAAUGCUGUUUUGAGCCUGUAUGCACUACACAUUUAAAGCAGCAUCUUUAAACAGCCAUGGCUUCCUGCAGAGAAUCUUGGGAACUGUGGUUUGUUCAAGUUACAGUUCCCAGGAUACUCUGCAGGAAGUCAUGGCUGUUAGGAGGCCUCUCAGAGAGCUUCAAUUCCCAGAGUUCCCUGGGAAGAGGGAUUGGCUAUUAAACCCACUCUGAGAUUUGUAGCUGUGUUUGGAGAACAGGGGUCUCCCAUCAACUUUCAGCAACCUUAUCAAAGUACGCUUCCCAGGAUUCUUUGCAAGAAGCCAUGACCGUUUAAAGUGGUACAAUACUAUUUUAAUGUCCCAAAUGUUGGUGCCUUAGUAAGCACCCUUUUCCUUCCACAUUUCUGCAAGUAAAGCAAGGUAGAGACUUAACAAAAAUUAAAUGAAGGCUAAGCUUUCAAGGAGCCAUCCUGGAAUAUCUUGGAGGGGAGGGGAGUUCCCACAUAGAACCCUCUUCAUGUGAUUACAGCCCCGGCUAACAAACAAUUCAAGGAAUCUGAUUUUCAAAGUUGUUUUCUGGAAACAGUGUUACAGUGGUACCUCGGGUUAAGUACUUAAUUCGUUCUGGAGGUCCAUUCUUAACCUGAAACUGUUCUUAACCUGAAGCACCACUUUAGCUAAUGGGGCCUCCCGCUGCUGCCGCACCGCCGGAGCAUGGUUUCUGUUCUCAUCCUGAAGCAAAGUUCUUAACCUGAAGCACUAUUUCUGGGUUAGCGGAGUCUGUAACCUGAAGCGUCUGUAACCUGAAGCGAAUGUAACCCAAGGUACCACUGUAUAACAUGCAGGGUAAGGUUAUUUGUUGUUGUUGUUUUGCCGUCUGCAGGCUGUGUACAGUACACACUAUGAAGAAGAAUUCUGGGUGCUGUAGUUUGUUAAAGGCUGCUACAGUUGUACCUUUUGUAUGCGAACGGGAUCCGUUCCAGAGCCCCGUUCGCAUCCUGAAGCGAACGCAACCUGCGUCUGCGCGUGCGUGGGUCGCGGUUUGCCGCUUCCGCGCAUGCACGUGAGGUCGUUUUGAGCGUCUGCGCAUGUGCAAGCGGCGAAACCCGGAAGUAACGUGUUCCGUUACUUCUGGGUCGCUGUGGAGCGUAACCUGAAAACACUCAGCCUGAAGCAUAUUUAACCCGAUGUAUGACUGUAGGAAUUAUAGCUCUGUGAGGGGUAAGCUACAAUGCCCAGAAGUCUUUGAAGGGGGUGGGGAAAAUAUGCUUACAGAUAUAUAGCAUGUGCACAGCUGCUUCUUUCAGAGUGCUAGAGAAGCAGUCUCUGCUCCAAGUGGCCUACAAUCUGUCAUUCAACAUGGGGAAUUCAGCUGAAGGAAAUUAACUCAUGUGCUGUUAUUUUUUAAAAUGUGUGUGUGUGUGUGUGUGUGUGUGUGUGUGUGUGUAUAAAAUCACUAUUGUGGAUGCAGACUCUGGAUUUCUGAACCUCUUGAAAACCAGCAGAUUGUAUCAGUAGUGUUGCCCAUUUUGCAAAAUGGCAUUGGGACUUACUAGAUUACUCUUUUCCGCAUUGGUCUCUCUCCUCCCCACAGUCAGUGAGUGUGUUUGCAGGCACUGUUGAGAGCAAUUUUUUCCCCUCCAAAGGGUUUUUAGAAAGCUAGAAUUCCUCCCUGAGCAAGUCUGUGCAAAAGUGCCUUUUAUUGCCCAAAGCCCUUCUGCAGCUACUUUGACAUUGUCUCAUGCUAUCCCACUUCCUGUUUAAGAAAGAGAGAGGGAGGGUGGGGGGAGAGAGAGAGAGAAGAGAAGAGAGGAGAAAGGGGUGGGAGUGGAGAAUCCAUUCCUCUUGCAGACACAUCCCAAUUCAAUCUGCAGUGAAUCACACAGCUGGUUCCCUGCCAGAGAGCGCAGAGCCGAAGGGGCAGAGGAGGAGCAACUGCCUGAGAGAGUACAUUUCUUUCGGGAUUCUGCAGCCAUUGACUUAACGCACAAAUGCACAGGAACCUCUGCACACGAGGUAAGCAGACCGAGCCUCUCCGGCUUUCCCAAAUAACGGGCAGGCGCUCUGAAGGAGAACUGACCGUGUGCCUUUCACAUUCAAAAAUCUCCUGCUUCUUCCAGAGGAGUUCAGACAUCUCCUGGCAAGUUGUCCCGAAGUUCUGGCCUCUGUUCAGGGACAAUUUGCUGCCUCAGAACCUGGCACCCUCUUGCCGGCAUCCUGUUGUAAGAGUUGAAGAGUUAAGCCAAUUCCCCCCCCCCCAUUUACGUCUCUGUCUUUGUUUCAGUCUUAGAAGCAGCUCUAUUGGGGAGGUAAGUGGGAGGGGGGGUCACUUUGAGUUCCGCUCAUUCUGUCUUGCGUCUGUGCCGUGACCCAGAGUUAACUCAAUGGUGUUUCUGGCUUUGAGACACGAGGGAAUGGCUCCUGGCUUGGGCGACUUUAGGAGGGGGCCUGAUAUAUUCAUGGAGAAUAAAUGGCUACCAUUUUUUAUCUUUAUUAUACAAUAUUUACUCAAAUCUGACGUUCACCUUUCUUGGCCAAAUCACGUUGCAAAAACUAAGGUGCGCAUUAGAUUCGAUGGCACAUUUACAUUCACCAGCAGAUCCUUUUUUUGGUUUCUAGGUUCAGAAAAUUGAGGUGCGCAUUAGAUUCGAUGGCGCAUUAGACUCGAGUAAAUAUGGUACUUAUGUAUCCCGCAUUUUCCUCCCAAGGUGCUCACUGUCCUCUUCUUCCCCAUUUUAUCCUCACAACGACCCUGUGAGGUAGGUUAGGCUGAGAGAUGGUGGUUGUGCUUCGUGGCUGAGUGGGGAUUUGAACUCUGGUCUCCCAGGGCCUAGUAACCAGCUCUGUAACCACUAGGCAAGAUUGGUAUGGUAUGUCCCUCCAGUCCUUCUGAGUAAAGGGCCAGUUUGAAGAGGAACAGCCCUGGAUUUAUUGGGCCUGUCAUUUUGGCCUGGCUGCUGCAAGGAGUCCAUGAGAAACAGGUCCCGUCCACACUGUACAUUGAAAGCAUGUGACUUUCACUUAACAUGGGAACUCUAGUUUAAGGGUAUUGCGAAUUGUAGCUCUUUGAGCGGGUGAACUACGGUUCCCAGGAUCCUCUGGGGAAAGCUGUAUGCAUUGACUGUAUGGUGUGCAUGUGCCAAAAGUUUUUUGAGAGAGGUUUUAAAUUGUCGCGUUGAUGCUCUGAUUUGAUCCUCGGUUUUAUUUACUGGUUUGGCUUUUUUAUCCUUUAAUUGCUUGGUGGUUGUUUUUAGUCGUUGAUUCUGGUUUUUGGCUUACUGCGCUUACUGUGUGCACACAUAGAGUUUUCAGUGCAUUAUACCCAGUGCUAUUCCUUCUCAGAGUAGACACAUUGGAAUAGUGGACAUGACGUAACUUAGAAUCGCAGAAUUGUAGAGCUGGAAGAGGGUCCCAAGGCUCAUCUAAUCUGACCCUCUGCAAUGCAGGAAUCACAGCUAAAUAAUCCAUGACAGAUAACCAUCCAACCUCUGCUUAAAAACCUCCCAUGAAGGACAGUCCACAACCUUCCAAGGGAGACUGUUCCACUGAUGAACAGCUCUUACCAUCAGAAAGUUCUUCCUAAUGUUUAACCACAAUCUCAUUUCUUAUUAUUUGAACUCCCUGGCUUGGGUCUUCCCCUCUGGAGCAGCAGAAAGCAUGCUUCGUCUAUCUUCCAUGUGACAGCCCUUCAGAUAUUUGAAGAUGGCUGUCAUAUCACCUCUCAGUCUUCUCUUCUCAACCGUUCCUCAUAAGGCUUAGUUGCCAGACCCUUGAUCAUCUUGGUCAGCUUCCUCUGCACACGUUCCAGCUAAUCAAUAUCCUUAAAUUCUGGUGCCCCAAACUUGGCACAGUCCUCCAGGUAUGGUCUGAACAAGGCAGAACAGACUGGGACUAUUACUUCCCUUGAUCAGGACGCUAUACUUCUGUUGUUGCAGCCUAUAGUAGCAAUUAUUAUUAUUAGACAUAAAGCAUAUAUAAAAACAUAACAAAACAUUAAACAUUAACAGCUUCCCUAUGUAGGACUGCCUUCGGAUAACAGCCGCCACCAACACAACAAUUUCAUUAUUUAUACCCUACCCACUCUGGGCAAGUUCCAGCACAUAUGAAAACGUAAUAAAAUGACAAACAUGAAAAACUUCUCAAUAUAGAUGUCUUCGAAAGGUUGUAUAGUCACUUAUCUCCUUGACGUCAGAUGGGAGGGUGUUCCGCAGGGUGGGUACCACAAGUGAGAAGGCCUUUUUUUGCUGCUGCAACACACUUGUGGUCUACUAAGACCCCUAGAUCGUUUUCACAUAUACAGCUAGUAAACCAGGUGCCCCCCAUCCUAUAUAUGUGCAUCUGGUUCUUCCUGCCUAUUUGUCCCCACUGAAGUUCAUGUUGUUAGUUUUGGCCCAGUUCUCCAUUCGCUUAAGGUCAUCUUGAAUCCUGAUUCUGUCUUCUAAGAUAGUGGUUCUCAAAGAGUUGGCAGGAGAGUGUGGUGGGAAGAUUCAAGGACAAUCAAAUCAACGUAUAAACAUUUCAGUAUUGUAAAGUACUGUAUAUACUGUAUUUACUUGAGUCUAAUGCACCGGGACGCGGGUGGCACUGUGGGUUAAACCACAGAGCCUAGGACUUGCCGAUCAGAAGGUCGGCGGUUCAAAUCCCCGCGACGGGCUGAGCUCCCGUUACUCGGUCCCUGCUCCUGCCAACCUAGCAGUUCAAAAACACGUCAAAGUCCAAGUAGAUAAAUAGGUACCGCUCUGGCGGGAAGGUAAACCAAAUUUCUGUGCGCUGCUCUGGUUCUUCAGAAGCGGCUUAGUCAUGCUGGCCACAUGACCCAGAAGCUGUACGCCGGCUCCCUCGGCCAAUAAAGUGAGAUGAGCGCCACAAUCCCAGAGUCGGCCACGACUGGACCUAAUGGUCAGGGGUCCCUUUACCCUUUACCUUUAAUGCACCAUUGAAUCUAAAGUGCCCCUGAAUUUUCAGAACCUUGAAACCAAAAAAAGUAUUUGCUGGUGAAUGUAAAUGUGCCAUUAAAUCUAAUGCGCACCUAAAUUUUCGCAAUGUAAUUUGGCCAAAAAAAGUUGAGCAUUAGAUCCGAGUAAAUACGGUAUAUAUUUUUUAAUUUGCAGAAUAUUGAUAGAUAGCUUUUCAAAAUGAGAGGAUGAAAAUUGGCUGUUCUUCUACAGUUGUUCACAACAUACUGUUGUGAACAGCGAUUUUCAACUCUGACGAAUAUGAAAGACCAGAAAAGAGAAAGGCUUCUUUGUGUUGAUGAGGAGAUGACAGUUUGUUUGUCUCAAAUUAGACCUAAUAUAAAUGAGAUUACCCAGCAAAAGCAAGCUCACUCUAAUUGAAUUUGUACACAGUACAUACUUAAGAGUCCUGUUUAUAAUUAUAUUUUGGGAAUGAUGCAUGUUUUUAUGUAGCUGCACUGGAUGUCCCAUGAUCAUAUUAUAAAGUAGUUGUGUUCUGUGAUAUAAAUCACCACUAGGAGUUGUUUUUUUCUUUUUCCAAUGUAUGUAUUAUCAGUAAAAAAAUUCGUUGUGGCAUGAGCAAAUUUUUAUUCUGAAAGUGUGGCCCUUAGAAAGAAGUUUGAGAACCGCUGCUCAAAGGGAUUAGCUACCCCUGCCAGUAGCUUCAUGGAACCAUUAAUUUCAGUGGGUCUACUCUGAGUAAAAUGUAGCUGCAGAAACCCAGCAUUUGCAGAUGUGACUUGUUGGAUAUCAAGUGUCUUAUAAGUUGUGCUUUGCAAAACCCUUUUGGCCAUAAGCGAGGGAAGUUUGACCUGACCAAAUUAAAGUCUUGCCUUUUGUACGGUUCUUGGGGAAACGUCUCCGCAACGGUCCAGCCCAGAGAUGGGGAACUCGUGGUCCUCCCAGAUAUUGUUGGACUACAACUCCCAUCAUCCCUGACCAUUGGCCUUGCCGACUGGGUCUGAUGGGAGCUGGAGGACCACACAGGAUCCCUAUCCUUCUUCUGCCUUGUGCUUGUGCGCGAACCUGGGGUUAACAAAGUCAGUAUUUUUAAAGGACCAUAAAAGCAGGAAUGGUAGUAGCUGAGAGACAGGAAGUAAUUAAGGCAUGAGUCGGGGAUUUUGGUGUAAGCUGAGCUGGUGGGGGAGACUUUUGGCAGCGUUUCACUUAGUAGCGGCUGACGUAGGGGGGUGGGGAGGUGUUUGCCAGGCCAGACUGAGAGAAUCCCGACACAGUUUGUCCUUAAUGCAUCUUGCUCUGAGAAGUCCCGAGCAUAGCAGGGCACAGGAUUUGACUGCCUUUGGAUGAGAGAGCCACAGAGAUGCAAGGUGUUUUCUGGGAAAUCUCCUUUGCGUGCUAAAGUAGAAAUGGAACAACAUGGGAGUCAGUCCUACUCCUAAAUUGGGUGGUAGGAUCUCAGAAGCUCUGCAUCGGCUUCCUCAAGAGUACGCGUUUGUGUCCUGGUGGCCAGUGAGCUUCUGGGCCCAAUUCAAAGCCCUGGUUUUGACCCAUAAAUCUUAUGCAGCUCAAGACUGCCUCUUCCCACGUGAACCAACCCUGGACCUUGCUCUUGUCAUCAGUUUAGAGGGCGACAACACAAGAACAGGCCUUUUCAGUAGUGGCUCACCUGGUACCAUCAUUAUAAAGCUUUAGGCGCCAGGCCCAAACAUUUCUUUUUCGCCAGACUUUUUAAUCGUCUGUGGCCUCCUUGAGUGGGGGGGGGGGAAGGGAUGUUUUAAUCCUGCCUUUUAAAAAUGUGGAUGCUUUUUAGAUUUGCCUAUGAUGGUUUUAACGUGUGUGUUUUUAUUUAUUGUUGCAAGUUGCUUUGGGUUGCGUUGGCAAAAAGAGAGAACGACAAAUAAGUAGAACAAAUAAGUACAGACUCCAAGGCUGUGCCUCCGUUUCUAGCUAGGAACUCUCCUAAGCAUGUUCCUUGUUCCAAUUUUAAUGGAGAUUUUCUCCAUCCUCUGCUGUUCUUAAGGCAUUACCUUGUAUGGAUUUCCCCCAAAUCUCCUAACUAUAGAAUCCCAUUGAUCAUCUCCUAAUUAGCUAUCUGAAAGGUAAAGUUAAAGGACCCUUGACCGUUAAGUCCAGUCGCGGAUGACUCUGGGGUUGCGGCGCUCAUCUCGCUUUACUGGCCAGGGAAACCGACAUUUGUCCACAGACUAAGCCGCUUCUGGCAAACCAGAGCAGCGCACGGAAACACUGUUUACCUUCCCACUGGAGCGGUACCUAUUUAUCUACUUGCACUUUGACGUGCUUUCGAACUGCUAGGUUGGCAGGAGCUGGGACCGAGCAACAGGAGCUCACCCCGUUGCAGGGAUUCGAACCGCCAACUUUUUGAUUGGCAAGCACUAGGCUCUGUGGUUAGACCACAGCGCCACCCCCAAAAGCAAUUGUUGUUCAGCAUCUGUAACGCCGCGUUGUUUUGGAUGUAAUGCCGAACUCUUGUUCAUUACUAUGGGAACAAGCCCUCUGCUUCAUUUGCUCCUUUCAAUGCACUGCUAAAUUAACUUCUGGUUUAGGCAAACCAUUGUCCGCCAGACUAUGAAACCUGUAAACACUUGUUUGCACAAACCUCAGUUGGACGUCGUAGGAAAUCUUGGUUUAUCGUGAUGUCAAUGCGCCACUGUAAAGCCUUACGCUUGUGCUCCUCCUCUGGGGCGACUGCUUGGAGUCAUUUGGAAGCUCUGGCUUCCUUUUUUGAAUAACCACAGCUUAUUGGGUGGUUUUGACACCCAACCAAGUGGGGAGAACUGUAGGUUGUUUGGAACAAGCCACUUUCAAACCAUGGUUUGAGAAGCUGACUUGCUUCAUGCAUUCCCUAACCUGAUGCCUUCUAAGUGCUUUUUUUCUGGGGGGCGCAGAGGUACGCAUACCCCUAAACAUUUUGUGAAUCUAACAGGAGAAGAAACUAAUUAUUUUUUAAAUUUUUAGUUUCUUCUCUAGUACGGUGAAUUGUCCGUUCCGUUGCUACUCCUGAUGGCGGCCUCAUUUCCUGUCACAGUGUUCCUGUCAAUGGUGAUUUUCUUGAGUCAAAAUGAGAGUACCCCAAACAUUUUUUUUUUAAGAAAAAAAAGCACUGCUUCUAGUUGAUUUCGAUGCCCAUCAGUGCCAACCACAACGUGGCCAGUGGUCAGGGAAGGUGGGAGCUGGAGCUAUUUGACGCACACUUUUAUUCCACGUACAAUUUUUCUGUACAGUAGCUGGUAUUUUCUUUCUCCUUCCCCUGAUUUUUUCUCUUUGGGUGCCUUUCUUCUCCCCUCCAGGUCUCCAAAGAUAGAUGAAGGGGUCCGUUGCCUAGAUGCCUGACAUUGUGACGCCAAGUCCUCAGCCGGCAGUUCGACCGAAUCCCUUGGCUUGAGCCACAGACCUGGGCCAGCAUGCUGAAACCAAGUGGACUUAAAAUUCCCGGGAGGGCUGGGAAGCACUCCAGCCCCGUGGGACGCCCUGGCGGGACAGCAGCCGCCACCACCACCUCCACCACUGCCUCCACCACCACAAAAGAAGGUAAGGAACAGCGUCUGGCCACAGCAGAGAUUUGAACGGGGGAUUUGUGGCCGCCAUAUUGGUUUCCCAACAAGAGGCGUUAGGUCAGUGAUGGCCAAACUUGGCCCUCCAGCUGUUUUGAGACUACAGUUCCCAUCAUCCCUGACCACUGGUCCUGUUAGCCAGGGAUGAUGGGAGUUGUAGUCCCAAAACAGCUGGAGGGUCAAGUUUGGCCAUCACUGCAUUAGGUGGUCCAUGAGGAAGGGACCUUUAUAAUGUGUCUGCGUUGUGUCCUCCCAUUUUUUGAUACUUCUUUAACUGAAAACAUGUGAUUUUAUAACAGAGUGAAUUUUUUUAAAAAAACAAACAUAAAGGGAAAACAGUGCAAUAGAAAUUAAACAUGCACACAGAGAAGGAACAAAACUUGGAAGCUGCAUUCACAGUCCCUAGGAUGAAUAAAAAUAAUAAUACAGUCAUAACUUGGAUCCUGAACGCCAUGCGAGUUGGACAUUUUGGCUCCUGAACACCACAAACCCAGAAGUGAGUGUUCCGGUUUGCAAACAUUCUUCGGAACCCGAAUGUCUGAUGUGACUUCUGUGGCUUCCGAUUGGUUGCAGGAGCUUCCUGCAGCCAAUUGGAAGCCGCACCUUGGUCUCCAAAUGUUUUGGAAGUUGAACAGACUUCCGGAACGGAUUCUGUUCGACUUCUGAGGUACCACUGUAAUUUCAGAUAUUGGAGAGUUGUAACAUUUUUUGUGUGUGUGUGACAUGAAAAGAGGGGGGAAAGAAAAAAUGGGGGGAGAAAUGAUACCCAUAUACAGUACAAAAAAGAAACCAAAAAACAACCUUUGUAGCAUAACCUUUAAAGUAAUUGUGUCGUCUAUAAAUAUUGGGAUGUUCUCCUCAAGGUCAUUUGAUAUUCUCACUUGGCACUGAAAAGUUACUAAGAAUUCCAAAAAGUAGUGUACAAAAUUUCACAGGAGGCAUCUGAACAUUGUUACCAUCGUUGAUAUUUAUACAAUAAAUUGGUUUAUUUUUAACACAUGGCGGAUUUCUAACGAGGUGUUGGGUCAGUGAGUGGGGGAACUUUAUAAAGCAUAAUCACCCUUUCCUCUCUCUUUCUCUCUCUCUUUGGUCUAUCACCCUUUUCUCAGCCUUUUUGAUCCAUUGUGGUAACCUGGCCAGGCCACCUCUAUUUAGCCUGGGAAUAGCCAGUCACCCAGUGGUGGUUAAGUAGGAAUUUUGGGGAGCCAUUUCUCCAGUUAGUCAAUGCAAUUAUAAUCGGUGCUUAGUUUACUAAAGUGCAAUUCUUCCUCUCUUCCACAGCUCAGUCAUAGUUAAACCCACCUAAGAACAGGCUGCAAAAAUAAAUGUGCCUGAAUUUUUUAAUGUAGUAAUGUGAGCAGGAAUGAGGGAUGAGGAUUUGAUUUUUGAAGUGCACUUCUUCAGCCAAGUACUGGGUACACAAUAAACCACACUAGGGUAGUGAUAACAAUGUGUGCAGAAAUGCAAUAUAGUAGGGAAAUUCGCUUUACAAAAACGUGGAGAAACCUGUCCUGAAAAUGCUGAUUAAUUUUCAUGAGGACUUUUGAAUGAAGAUUCAAGACCAUAUAACACCGGUCUUAAAGACCUACACGGGCUCCAGUACGUUUCCGAGCACAAUUCAAAGUGUUGGUGCUGACCUUUAAAGCCCUAAACGGCCUCAGCCUAGUAUACCCGAAGGAGCGUCUCCACCUCCAUCGUUCUGCCCGGUCACUGAGGUCCAGCGCCAAGGGCCUUCUGGCAGUUUCCUCGCUGUGAGAAGCCAAGUUACAGGGAACCAGGCAGAGGGCCUUAUCGGUAUGGGCACCCACCCUGUGGAACACCCUCCCACCAGAUGUCAAAGAGAAAAAUAACUACCAGACUUUUAGAAGACAUCUAAAGGCAGCCCUGUUUAGGGAAGCUUUUAAUGUUUAAUAGGUUAUUGUAUUUUAGUGUUUUGUUGGAAGCCACCCAGAGUGGCUGGGGAAACCCAGCCAGAUGGGCGGGGUAUAAAUAAAUUAUUAUUAGUAGUAGUAUUAGUAUUAGUAUUAUUAAGAAGUUUGCAAAUAAACUGUGGAAAUGUGGAGGAACUGAACUUAAGACUGGAAAAAUGGAACCGAAAUGGACAGAUAUAUUCAUCCCCAACAGGAAUUUAAUAUACUUUGAAGUGCUGUUAGCAUCUAGGCUCCAUCUUGGAAGAUUGUUGGGUAAUUUGUUUCCUGUAAAAUGAUCCUUUUUGUAAUAACUAACUAACUAGCACACACACAGAACCACACUUCCAACGUACUGAAUCACAAACUUGUCCCUGAUUUUAGUUUCAAUCCUGAAUUCUUGCAGUGGAGAGGCUUUCUUUUUAAAACCUCUCUUCUUUCUCUCUUGCUCCUCCACCCCUCUCCGCCCCCUUUAAAAUAGCAGUGGACACUCCGUACAAUGAAAACUGUUGAUCCCCAGGGCGUGAAAUGAAUCGUGCACAAUUGGCUCUUUAUUGCUUUUAACGUACAGUGCUUCUUUACAGUUUCUGGUCAAAUUUUUGAAAAAAAAAUUGCAGCUUUUUAUUGGCUGCCCAGGCUUGGCGUAAAUGGAUGCCUGCCAGCUGCUGAAUCCACUCCUGUCUGUUGUGUGCCCUCGAAGCAUCAGCAAACUCAACUGUAUUUGCAAAUCUGUUCCCCCACCUUUUUGUGUUUUGUUUUUUUGAAAAAGCUCACUGUGCAAUAAUAAUAGAUACCAGCGUAUCUUCUAGAAGCAACGAUCGCAAAAUCAGUUUGUUUGAUUAGCUAUCUUUUUUUCUUUAGAAAAAGUGUGGUUUUUAUGAGUUGCUUUUAAUUGCUAUUUUUUUUUGGGGGGGGGUUGCAAUCCCCUUCCUCGCUGAAGCUUUUUGCAGCAAAUUGGGUUGGGCUACUCAUUUAGAUUGUGGCGGGGAUUCCUAAGGCUGGGAUGCCUUUUUUUAAAAAUUUGGAACAUUUGGAAAGAGAAUCUAUGAAGUUACCAACAUUUGGAGAGGGGUUUUUAGUUUAGGGGACGGAUAGAUGAGAAGUCUGGGCCUGAGAGGGAUGCUUGUUAUAUAUCAAUGCAAGAAGAUUCUGCUGGAUCACAUAAUAGAAUCACAGAAUUGUACAGCUGGAAGGGACCCCGAGGGUCAUCUACUCCAACCCCCUGCAAUGCAGGACUCGAACCCAUGACGUUGAGAUUGAAAAUCUAAUCCUCACCAACUGAGCCAUCUCACUUGCUUGUGAGUUUUGUUUUGGGCACCACAGAGCCGAUAACUCUUUAAAUACUAACAUCCCGCACAUUUAUGGCUGGAUUUUGUACAGGCCCAACUCCAGCUUCUGAUUUCAGAGUGUGAGGCCUGGGCGGGUGGCCGCUAAGACAGCUCACCCCACGUGACCUUCAGGAGCGAAGAUAAUUUUGUGCACUAAGCCUGAAGAUAAUUUUGUGCCUAAACAAUGAGGCACUAAGCCUGGAGGCUGGUCCCACGAACGAGCGCUAAUGGACGGGGCCGCUUCUCAAGGCAUCACAAAGCCAUAUAUUUUAUUCCUCAGGGUGAGCAGCUGAUGGUUAUUCUCCUCCUUUCAUCUCCACCUCCAUCUUUGUACUGGCUGCUUGUUUCUUUAAAACACCCUCUGAUUAUCCUAGUCGUAAGGCUUCCCUGCAGCGGGACAGUGCUUUAUAGAGUACAAGGGGAGAGGUCUCUGCCCCCAGGAGCUUACAAUCUAAAUUCUGGGGAAAGGUGAGAAGAAGACGAGGAGGAGAUGCGGAAGUGGGGGGUUCCACCAAAAAAGGGAUAAAAACAAUUGUUUGUCAGAUUUCCUCCGUUUAAAUUGCUACUUUGGAAGAGGAUGAUUUCAGAGGCCACCCAAUCUCUUAGUACUCCCCGCAAUGCAGGAAUAUGCAGUUGUCCCCAUAUGAGGAUCGAACCUGCAACCUUGGCAUUAUCAGCACCACGCUUUAACCAACUGAGCUAUCCAGGCUGACCCCAUGCGGAAGGCCACAGUUUCAGUCCCCAGCAUCUCUCCAGGUAAGGCUGGGAGAGGCGAAAUUCCUGGAGACCUGCAAUUCAGUGUGGACAGCGCUAAGGUGGAUGAACCCAAGGGUCUGAGUUAAACUAAAGCGUUCUCCAGGGUCUGAAGGAGAGGCCUCUCCUGUUCCCUGCGGACAAAUUUACCUGGAAGCACCUUGGCUUGAACCCGGGGGGGCUGUGGGCAUGAAAACUAAAUUAUGGUCCCUGACUGGGGAGAUGCUCAUAGGCUUUGCAUGGGCACCUGCGGGAAUUUUUCCGGGGUGGAUGGGGAGCAAAUACUCACAAAUCAGCCAAUAUACGAGUUUCUUGCAAAAUGAAUGGGCAAAUGGUUCUUCUGCAUGCGUGUCUGCUUUGUAGUCUUUAAAAUGUAUGGGUUAUUUACGUGUGUUUAACAGAUUUUGCUGUUUUUGUUCUACAUCGCCUUGAUUGUGUAGAAGAGGGUGAAUGAAUUCAUGGUGGCAAUAAUACUUCCUGCACAUUUUGCUCCGUAUCUCAGCUGCUGCUGCUGCUGCUGCUUCUUCUUCUUCUUCUUCUUCUUCUUCUUCUUCUUCUUCUUCUUCUUCUUCCUGCACAUUUUGCUCCGUAUUUCAGCUUCUUCUUCUUCUUCUUCUUCUUCUUCUUCUUCAUCAUCAUUAUUAUUAGUACUCCGCUCAUCUGACCGGGUUGCCCCAGCCACUCUGGGCAGCUUCCAACAGAUAUAAAAACACAAUAAAACAUUAAACAUUAAAAAGUCACCAUAUGAAAACAGUGGAUCAUAAAGAUUGGGCGACACCCACUUAAGCCAAAUGGUAGAAGUGUACUUUUUAUUUAAAUUGAAAGAAGGGGAUCUUUAGACUAUUUGCCCUUGCCCCCCCCACCUUGUAAAGUACGCCUUUGGGCUCUUCACGCACGCCCCUCCCAAAAUGUGAGUCUUGGAGAAAGUCUGAUAUUUGUGGUGUUUGGAAUCUGGGCUUCAUCCCCCCCCCUCCAUCUCUACCAGAUAACCAUGGAAACUGGGCUGCUACGUGGCCCAUUCUGCACCGCCUGACAGCUGGCCGUCUUGGCACAGACCCGUCACACAGGCAUAACAGGAUUAAACGCGAGAUUCGGACGCCGAUGGGAAAUGUUGGUGGGGUGGGGAGGGGAGUUAAAGCUGCCCUGUUCUUGUCACACCUCCUUCCCCAAAUGGUUAAGGAUUUUUCCGCUGCCACUUUUGCCUGCAGGCCAGAUUCUUUUGGCCACAGGCCUCCCGUUGCAUACCUGUAAAUUUGAAGGUCACCUGUGCUUUAAAACCUAAUGCUCAUAAGUGCAGAAACCUCGUGAAGGAUGCCUGGCACCAGCUGAAGCAUAACACCUUUCUUUCUUUCCCAUUUUGAUCCCCAGGCACUGCUGCUGGCGUGUUGGCCACCUUGGGAGUUGGAAGGGGGAAUCUGUCAGGCCCGUUUAAACUCCUUUACAGAGCCGUAGGAAAUGGGGAGCGGCAGAGCAUGAGCUAGAAUAAUUGGAUCAGAGAGUUGGAAGGGUCCUCCGGGGGUCAUGUAGUCUUACCCGCUGCUCAGUGCAGGAUGCGGCAACAGCAUCCCCAACAGAUGGCUGCCCAGCCUCUUCCUAAAUAGCCCGGUCGAAGGAGAGCCCAUCACCUCCUGAGGCAGCUGAACGGCUUUUACUGAUAGGAAUUCUUCCCCCUAAUCUUCUUCCCCGCUGUUUCCACCUGUUGGGUACAGCAGCAACAGGGAACAAGUCUUCUCCAGUAUCCGGUGUCGCAACUCUUCAGACAUUUGAAUUUAAGAAUUGGUACCCAAGUUUGCUUCCCAUCCCUUCUCUCCCCUCCCCCCUUUUUUAAAAAAAUUAUUUUUCAUUAUUCACAAGAUUCCAAAUACACACCUUGCAAACACAUAUUUCGAAUACAGUUACAUAUUUGACUUCCCUCCCCCCCCUUUUGUGGUUCCUUUUCUACUUUAGAUUUUUAACACUGCAUAUUCCACUUUACUCCAUUUUUAAGUUAUUAUUUUAUCUUAGUAAUAUUUUUAACUGCUUGAUUUAAGUUAAUCCUGCUAAGGAACUUAUUUGCAUGCCAGAACUUUUCAGAUAUUCUUCAAAUUUUUCCCAUUCUGUAAUAAAUUUCUUUUUCUCUUGGUUUCUUAUUACACCCGUCUGUUUUGACAUUUCAGCAGAAUCCAUCAAUUUAAUCAACCACUUUUCCUUUGUUGGCAUAGCAUCUUCUUCCCACCUGUGGGCAAGCGCCAUUCUGGCUGCAGUUGUGGCAUACAAUAGCAAAUUUUAAAGGUCCUUCAGAAUCUCUAUAUUCACAAUCCCUAAAGGUUAUCUUAAAGCAUUUUCUUCAAUUCGUUAUAAGUCAUUUUUGUUCUUUUACAUACCACCACAUAUGAUAGAAAGUGCCUUCCUUUUUUGCGGCUCUUCCAAUUCAUCAAAACAAGUUUUUUUGCUUCUAAUAUGGCACGGUACAUAAAUGAUGUUUGGGACCUCUUCUUCUUCUGCAAUGGUGUGAAACAAUUAAAAUAAAUGCCCCCUCUUGAUCUUCUCAUCUCCAGGGCAGGCAUUAAUAGGGCCUUCCUUGCUUGAAGGCUUUGUUUUCAUGUCCCUUUAUUUUAUUUUACAGGGUCGCCUCUGCAUAAGCAGACCUCCGCUUCUUCUUCUUCUUCCACAGCUGCCCCCGAGAAGCCUGCAGGGUCCAAAGUCACCGAGGUGGGCGAUGACUUCCUGGGGGACUUCGUGGUGGGAGAACGUGUCUGGGUGAACGGAGUGAAGCCAGGCGUGGUACAAUACCUGGGGGAGACUCAGUUUGCGCCUGGACAAUGGGCGGGCGUCGUGCUGGAUGACCCGGUGGGGAAGAACGAUGGCUCGGUGGGUGGGGUCCGCUACUUUGAGUGCCAGCCCCUGCAGGGGAUCUUCACGAGGCCUUCCAAGCUGACCCGCCAGCCCACCGCGGAAGGUUCCGGAAGCGACGCGCAUUCCGUGGAGUCGCUGACGGCUCAGAACUUGUCCCUUCACUCAGGGACGUCCACCCCUCCUCUCUCCACGCGCAUCAUCCCUCUCAGGGAAAGCGUCCUCAACAGCACAAUGAAAACGGGGAACGAGUCCGGGUCAAACCUCUCAGACAGCGGGUCAGUGAAGAAAGGGGACAAAGACUUCCGGCUUGGAGACCGCGUCCUGGUGAGUCUUUUCUUUCCGCCCAGCUUUUCGGAGAGGUUGAAAUAUUGCCUCAGAAUUCCGAAAUUGUGACAAAUCGAGUGACUCCCAAACAGAUGAUGGAAAAUGUCGUAUUAAUACAUUUUUAAAAAUAUUAUUAUUUAUUUAAUAACAGUAAAUAAAUUGGCCAUUUACUGUUGUUGGCCACAAGGAAUGAUUGUUUAGUGGCCAUUGCAACUUUCCAACAAGUGGGGGUGGGGUGGAGAAGAGAUUUCAGAAAUAUAAGCUCCCAAACUUUGUAUUUCAGAAUAAUAAUAGUAAGAAGAAAUCUUAGAUUUAAAACCGAUUUUUUAAAUGUAGCUGCUUGCUCAGCAAAAACCUCUAAACGGUUUUAACAAAAUGUAAAAGUAUACUGAUAAAAUCACAUGUUGAAAAGAUGUUGGCGUAAAGUUUAUCCUGAUAUAAAUAUAAUCAGCUGUUUUAAAAUAAACAUUUGCUUUAAAAUAACAUGUCUGGGUACGCUUGCCUGGAGAAUUCGGUUUUUUAGUAGGCACCACAAACAAUGCAGUGAAUUUGCCUACAAUGGGCAGGGAGUUCCAACAGUUCCACAAAGAAAGAUUAAUUCUUUCCAAGUGUGGAAUGAACAUUAUAUGGCACUCAUAAACCUGCCCAUUCCACAAACUGAAGUGAUUGAGUGGGUACGUGUGAGCUGAGGUGAUCCUUUUCACUAAUAGCCAAGUAUAGCAAUGAGUUUUUUGAAUUUAAAAUCAUCACUGUGGCAACCAGUGGUGAAAUCUGAAACAGUUCUUUCAUUUUUACUGAGAGACUCAAAGCUGCCAAGGCAUAGUGGAAACAUCUCUUUCGGUCAAACGAGUGCGUUCAUCAGAGAACAGAUAACUUAUCAUUUCUAAAAUGGGACUUUGCUGUUAAGUGGGCUUCAAACAGCACCAGGGACUGUUUGGGAGAAUAAAGAACCUGGCAGCAUGCAAGGUGGAAAACCUUCCAUCAUGGAAGUUCUGCGGGUGCAACUUUCCUGUGUCGUCAGGAUCUGAAGGUACCUGCUGCUGAUCCUGCGAUAUGACUGUCUUAUGCACAUUGGUUUGUGAUUGGAUCAGAUUGAUUCAUUUGUUUCUAGUCAUUAGAUCAUUCCAAACUGAGGCUUUAACCAUUUAAAAGUUAGGCCCUUUGGUUUCUUGCAGGGCAAGGGGGCAGCCACUGAGACUUGCAGCAAUAUUCAAGAGGCCCAUGGUUUGUGAAGUGCUUAGGGCUGGGUGAUAACAGUGGUACCUCGGUUUUCGAACAUAAUCCGUUCCGGAAGAUCAUUCGAGUUCCGAAACCCAAGGUGCAAAGGACGGUCUGAAAAUUUAAUAAAGAAAAUGGAGAAAAAUAACAUAUAUACAGUGGUACCUCAGGUUACAUACACUUCAGGUUACAUACGCUUCAGGUUACAGACUCCGCUAACCCAGAAAUAGUGCUUCAGGUUAAAAACUUUGCUUCAGGAUGAGAACAGAAAUCGUGCUCCGGCGGCAUGGUAGCUGCAGGAGGCCCCAUUAGCUAAAGUGGUGCUUCAGGUUAAGAACAGUUUCAGGUUAAGUACGGACCUCUGGAACGAAUUAAGUACUUAACCCAAGGUACCACUGUACACUCAGUGGAAGCUGUUUGACUUCCGAGAUGUGUUCGAAAAUGGAACCAUUUACUUCUGGGUUUACUGCAUUCGAAAACCGAAACGUUCGUCAACAGAGAUGUUCGAAAACCGAAGGACCACUGUAUAUCGAUAUAUUAUCCAAAACCGGUUUGAAGUCUGUAUCGUGAUAUUGGUUUCAUGAUUUUUGACCUGGCAAUAUAUCAUGAAUUGUGUGUGUGUGUGUGUGUGUGUGUGUGUGUGUGUGUUAUGAAAAAAUCACAAUGUGGGGAAAACUUUGAAGCCACCCGAUGCCUCUACAUAGCUCCAUAUUUCUUUCAGACAUCGUGAUAUAUCGGUAUAUCGUGAUGUUUAGCUGGUGAUAUAUCACGCUGUUGAAAACCAGAUAUUGCCCAGCCCUAGAACCACUGCACCAUGCUUUUAUGUGGACAUUUAGAAACCACUGGCAGGUGAGUGUCUAGUCAGUCGAUUUGGUGUUCCAUGUCAUUAGUAUGCUGGUGACAACCCGCCUGCCGUUCUCGUCUUCCUCCUCCUCAAAUCCCAGUGCGGUGCUGGAAUUCCUCAGUCGUUGCUUGGAAUCAGGAGCUGGCUGGAUGAGGGCCAGUGAGGCAAAACUUAAUGCUUACGAACUCCAGUCUUCAGGGGGAGGGUGCUAGCCUUUUCGAAGCCAAAGAGGCAAUUGUCACGCAAGCCCAAGUGUACAGCUCUGGUUGCCUCACUUCAAGAUGGAUAUCGAGGAGGUGGGGAAGAAUCAGAAAAGGCAGCCAGAGUAGUCAGGGGGAUGGAGCAACAACGUUGAAAGGUUGUAGCCAAUGCCGGAUUUACGUAUAAGCUAAACAAGCUAUAGCUUCGGGCCCCACUCUUGUGGGGGCCACAAAAAAAUUAAAGGAAAAAACAACAACUGGAUGUACAUUUCCAAAAUAUAAGAUAAAAAAACAAAUUAAAUAAAACCUACAUACAGCAACAGGGUUUUGUGUUGUGUAGGCUCCUAUGGUGUAAGUAAUUGGCCCCGCCUGCUAGUCUGCUCCCUAAAAUAUCACUGGUUUGCUCAUUUCAAUAUAUAGGGUGCCUACAUUCUGCAUGGACUGGUUGCAUGGCAGCAUGUACAAAUGGCUUUAGAUACCUAUUAGGUCCAUAGAUUACCGUAUAGCAUAUAUUCAACACAAAAAACAGUGACAAAUUGUUGGCAAAGGACAGCUGGACAUAUAAAGGGCCCCAUUACCUUCAGGAGCUUAGGGCCUCAUCAAACCUAAACUGGGCCCUGUUUGUAGCAUUUGGGAGAAAAGCGGAAAUUAUGUGGGGUGUGGAGAAAAUGGACAGAGAAAAGUUUUUAUCCGUCUCACCAGAAUUGCUUCCAGACACAGACCUUGGUUGUGUGGAAUGCCUGGCUCCCUCUCUUGCUCCAUCCAAAGAGUCACGGCUGGGGGAGGUUGAUCCGGAGUGAUGCUCAUGGGGCACUGGGAAAGACGGGAGCAGACCGUAACCUUUUUGGGGAGGCUGGAUAGGACGGGCUGGGAGGAGCUGCUGCUGCGCCUUUGCUCUGCGUUCUGCAGAGGAACGAAAACAGCAGCUCAUUCGACGGUGAAGUGCCACUGGGCUUCAUGCCAUAUACAUAGCGCAGAAGAUUUCUCUCGAAUGUGGCUGCUGGAUGUUUCGGCUCUGUCCAGUAGCAUACUUAAAAGGCCAGGACCUUAUUUAUGGCACAGGACCACAAUAACCCCAAGGAAUGUCUCCCCCCCAUAUAAACCGACCCAGACCCUAUGAUCUGAGCCUCUUCUUUGCCGCCGCUUCUAUAAGAAGUCCAGAAGACAGCAAGAGCCUUUUCUGCAGUGGCUCCCCAUCUGUGGAAUGCUCUCCCCAGGGAGGUUCGCCUGGUGCCUUCCUUAUGCACCUUUAGGCGCCAGGCAAAAAUGUUCCUCUUCAACCAGGCCUUGGGAUGAUUAAUAUGCUACAGCCUUUUAAAUGUGUUUGUAGGAAGAAGGGUUCUUCUUGAAGAAACCAGAGGCCUUUCUCCUGGGCAUAGUCGGCCAAAUGGUGUUAAAAAAGGAUAGAACUUUCUUUAUGUAUGCAACAACAGCAGCAAGAAUACUCAUUGCAAAGUAUUGGAAGACACAAGAACUUCCCACGCUGGAGGAAUGGCAGAUGAAACUUAUGGACUAUAUGGAAUUGGCAGAAAUGACUGGUAGAAUCCGUGACCAGGGAGAAGAGUCGAUGGAGGAAGAUUGGAAGAAAUUUAAAGACUAUCUUCAGAAACAUUGCAAAAUCAAAGAAUGCUAGAGUGAUGUUGGACUGAAAAUAAGCGGUUUCCAGCUGUACAGGUUAAAGUUAAUGAUAGAUUAAGAUUAAAGAUUAGGAUUAAAGAUGUUUAAAGAAAUGGAAAUUUGAUACUAAGAGGAAAAAUUUUAAUGUUAUAUGACACCAAGACUAAAGAUCAGGUUUAAAGAAGUUGAAGUUAUAUAUUUUAAUAUCUUAUUAAAGUUAAAUAUUGGGAUUAAAAAAGUGGAAAAGAAAUUGCUGGAUAAACAAUUUGGAUUGGAAUACAAAAGAGGGAGGUAUGAGGAAGUCCAGAAAAUAAGUAACUAAAAAAUGGAUAGGGAAAAGAGAUAUUGUUUUUAACUGUUAUGCUUUUUGUUUUUUUUGUUUUUUUUGUUGAAUUUUGUUGUGUUUUUUGUGUGUGUUGUUGUCAUAUGUAUUGUGGAUGUUUUUCUUUUUUCUUUCUUUGUUGUUUAAAAUUUUAAUAAAAUUAUUUAUUUUAAAAAAAAAAAAAGCAAAUGUAAUAAAUGAACAAAUAGGUAAUACAAGAUAAUGCAAGAAUGGAUCUCAAUCUGAACCAGCCCCGAGAGAACAAGAGACCUCUUUUGCUCUGGAGUUGAGAGCAGGGAGGGUGGAAGGGAAAGGGAUUGCAGUAAAUUGGAAACAGGCGAGGGAAAGAAUGUUUCUGGAGACACAAUUUGAAAACUGCAGGGGAAGUUCAAAUGUUACGACUGUCUCCCCCCUGCGCCAGUCUUUAUUUAGACCACAUGUCUGUCUUCCGGGCUUUCUGCUGGGGAUGGAUAUAGCAAAAGAGGGCCUUUUCUCUAGAGUAGUUUUUAAAAAGAACCCAGACUUCAAAAACAAACAAACCAAAAACUCUGUGCGCCAUCAAAUAUUUAAUUUUAAUUUUAUAUAACUCUAACCAAUGUGCAUGAACAUGUUUGCAGAGCACAAAAGGAGAUAGAUCCCUCUCCUACAGACCUUACAACCAGUUGUUGCCAACCUUUCCUGGCCGGAGGGCACAUUUUGAGAUUUGAGAGAGUCCUGGGGGACAAAGUAGCUGCUUUUGAGGGUCUGUUAGGGGUGAGAGUGGCGUAAUGCAAAAUUAGAGAGACAGCCAGUAGAAUCGUAGAAUUAGAAUGGGGACCCCUCUAGUACAACCUCUGGAAAUGCACAAUCAUUUGGGUUGGCCUUUUCUGAAGUUUUUCCAACGCUUCCAUGUCCUUUUUGAGGUGAGGCAACCAGAGCCUUUUUAUUGAUUUUAGACACACACACAGUUGCUAUCUAUCUAACAGGGAACAUUCCUCAUAGGGGAAAGUGUGCAGAAAGAUGCAUAUAUUUGUGAAACAGGCAGGAAGGCAGAACAAUGUCCAUUUCCUUGGUGCAACAGAAAUGUACCGUAUCUUUGGCUCUAUAAGAUGCACCAGACCACAAGGCGCACCUAGUUUUUGGAGGAGGAAAACAAGAAAAAAAAUAUUCUGAAUCUCAGAAGCCAGAACAGCAAGAGGGAUCGCUGCGCAGUGAAAGCAGCAAUCCCUCUUGCUGUUCUGGCUUCUGGGAUAGCUGCGCAGCCUGCAUUCGCUCCAUAAGACGCACACACAUUUCCCCUUAUUUUAGGAGGGGAAAAGUGAGUCUUAUAGAGCAAAAAAUACAGUAAGUCAAUCGUUCAUGCUGUUGAGGAGCCAGAGGGAGGAUUUGGCUAUAAAAUAAUUAUUUUAAUCUGGGGCUGGAGAAGAAGGAAACUACUUUGCUUUUUGGCGAUUCUUAUCUUUCUUUGUGGCUACUGUUCAGAAGCCUCUUUGCAUAGAGUCCCCCCCCCCCCCAUUAAGUGUGUGUGUGAGAGAGCUCAUAAUUGCCUUCUUGGCUCUCUCUGAGUUCAGGUUUGGGGUUUCUCUUGCAGAUGGGCUGAGUGCAUUCACUCUCUACUGCAGAGGCAAUGCUUGUGGCUUUCGAUGCUGCAUAGUGUUUCAGAGCCAUUAGUAUUUAGCUGGAAAAGGAGAUGACAGCCAAGGUUACAAACUGGGGGGGGGGGGACGACAACACUUUUUUCUGGGCUUUAGUUUUCAGAGAGCUGGCUGCCCUUGUCUCUUUCUCUGGGCUUGCACCAGAUGUUUGCAGCGGGCUCAAACCCUGAACAGGGACACUCUGGUGGGAGAUUCCAGCCCCCCACCUGCCCCCUGGAAGGGGCCAAACAAACCUGGAGACUUCACGUUAGACCUGGAGGUCUCGCAACCCUAACUUUCAAGCCUAAUUUUGGGUGAGGGGGUAGGAAGGGCACCUAGGAACAACCCUGCUGGAAAAUGUGUGCCCCCUGGCACCACUGUGGCGACCCCUGAAUUGCAGACUCUGGUGAAUGGGUGGGCAAACUAAGGCCCGGGGGCCGGAUCCGGCCCAAUCACCUUCUAAAUCCAGCCCGCAGACGGUCCGGGAAUCAGCGUGUUUUUACAUGAGUAGAAUGUGUCCUUUUAUUUAAAAUGCAUCUCUGGGUUAUUUGUGGGGCAUAGGAAUUCAUUCAUAAUUUUUUUCAAAAGAUAGUCCGGUCCCCCACAAGGUCUGAGGGACAGUGGACCGGCCCCCUGCUGAAAAGGUUUGCUGACCCCUGCCAUAGCUGUCAACCUCCCCCUUUUUUGCGGGAAAUUCCCUUAUUCCAGUGCCGUUUCCUGUUGCUUCCCGCUGCUAUCCCGGAUUGUUAGAUAUCCCGUAGACUGGGAGGCUGCUGAUCCCUUAUUUUCAAAUCUGAAAGUUGACAGCUAUGACCCCUGUGUGUCUAUAGAGAUUUGGGGUGGACUUCUCUAGGCAGUACUUUGCUGUAGCGCCAUCAUGUGUAUCCACACACAUCUCUUUUCCUUUGCAACACUUUAACUUCAGGAAAUCCCCAAUGUUGAGUUUGUAGCGAAAAUGGCAACCACAAGAGGGAGAAAGGAACUCCUAAAUUAGACUCUUGGUGACCUUAGAAUGAGUAUAAUUAUAGUUCAUCUGAAGGCCUAUUGUCUGUGAGACGUAGGAAAGUAUUGCAUCUCAGGCAGCCAAACCCCUCCCUGUGCCAACGUUAGUCACUUUCGUAGGUUUGGGGUGCCAAGGGUGCUGAUUUUCCUAUCACUCCCUCCAACUGUGUCGCAUGUUGGGAUCGAACCUGCAAACUUGGUGUUAUGAACACCACACACUCUAGCCAACUAAUGAGCCAUGCAUCCAAGCCGUGGGGCAACCACUAACAGUUACUCCCCUGAAGACCUCAGUGAUGGGGCAGGUGUACAAAGAUCAGGCAAGGCUAAGGCAUACUGGAUCCAAGUUGCUCAGGGCCUUGUCAAUUAAUGCCAGAACCUUGAACCAGGCCCUGUAGUAUCUGGGCACCCUGUGCACCAGAAUUACAUGCUGGCAAUCGUCUCCACCAACAGUCCAGCCGCAGAGUUCAAUCUUCCAGCAAUUCUGACCAACACAUUGUUGACAAGGCAUCUCCAAAAGGCAAAAACAGGGUUGAAUUACCAGGGGCAGGGGUCAGAAACCAAGCGAGCCCUAAAUCGUAACUAUAGCAGUUGUUGUUGAAGCAUCUCUGUGAGAGGAGGCUGCUCUGUACGUGCUCAGAGGAACACUGACACUUGGUUCUUGAGGAUUGAGCCUCAAUGGCAAAACCAGGCAGAGGGCCUUCUCGGUAGUGGCACCCGCCCUGUGGAACGGCCUCCCACCAGAUGUCAAAGAGAAAAAUAACUACCAAACUUUUAGAAGACAUCUGAAGGCAGCCCUGUUUAGGGAAGCUUUUAAUGUUUAAUAGGUUACUGUAUUUUAGUGUUUUGUUGAAAGGAAGCUGCCCAGAGUGGCUGGGGAAACCCAGCCAGAUGGGUGGGGUAUAAAUAAUAAAUUAUUAUUAUUAUUAUUAUUAUUAUUAUUAUUAUUAUUAUUAUAAAUAGGUUAGGAGGUUUGACUCCCUUCGCCCCAGUUGACUUCCUUGCGCAACCGUGGGAAGCUGGGCCAUUGGUCUGUCUGUGAUCGACUAUCCCUGACUGGCGGGGACUGUCCGGGAUUUCAGGCAGGGGACAUUUCCUGCUUGGAGAUCCCGUUGGAGAUGUACCUGGGAUCUUUUUGCAUGCAAAGAUGCUAUGCCACUGAACCAGGGCAUCUACUAUACCCAGCAUGCUGUCCUUGCAGUACAUCCCACCCAGCUUGUGUACUUCUAAGUGGCUCAUGUCUGGGAGGAAAAUGUGGGCGGUCUUGGAGCAGCGACAGCCUUGCAAUUACGAGACACGGUAAUUCAAGGUUUCCCUUCUCUCUUUGGCUUCCAAAAGGGAUUAUUUUCCCAUUGCUGCUCAAGAGGCACACUUGGAAUUCCUUUCUUCUGUGCUGCCUCUCGUUCAGCUGUGGGCUUUUUUCUUUCUCUCUCUCUGUGUUGACAUCUUGGGAAGGCUUCACCCUGCUUUGCAGAAUGUAAUUAAGUUCUAGAAGGGAAAAAACUUGGCCAGGCUGUGUUUAGAACAGGCAUAGGCAACCUCAGCCCCUGAUCAUCCCUGAUCACUGGUCCUGUUAGCUAGGGAGGAUGGGAGUUGUAGUCCCAAAACAUCUGGAGGGUCGAGGUUGCCUCUUCCUGGUUUAGAAUAUCUACUUUGAAAACAGUGGCUCUUGUGUGUCCAUGAUCAGUUAAGCUGUAGUUAUACUAACUGAUGGUGGGUUUGAAAGGCUCCAGGUCUACCUCCAGACAACCUGUUCGUUGAGCAUUCAUCCUUAACAGCUUAUGUGAUGGUUAGUUUUCUGGCCACUUCCAGGUGGUCUGUUUAUUAAGCAUCCAUCCUGCUUUGUUUCCAGGGAAAUUAGAAGAUGUAGGCUUUAUCCUGAGCUUUCAUCCUGAUUUGUUUGCGAGGAGGUGUAGGCCCCAUACAUUUAAAGCACAUUCCCCUUUUAAAAAAAUCAUGGGAACGUUAGUUUACCCCUCUUAGACCUACAGUUCCCAGCACCCUAACAAGCUACCAUUCCUCUGAUUCGCCUUUUUUUGUGGGUGGAGGAAUGCUUCAAAUGUAUGAUUUAUACCUCACCUUGAAAAAAGUGUUGCCCCAUACUUUCUAGUGCAUUUUCACAUCACUUUCCAAUUUUGAGGAAUGAAGCAGGUUUCUUGCGCAUAGAUCUCUCUGCCAACUAUAAUUGUGCAGCAUGGAUUUUCCGAUACAUGGUUGAAUCCUGGGCAAAAAUGGCAGCGGUCUGGAAGCAACCUGAGUGUCAUGGGUCCCUUGGACUCCAGAAGAACCUGGCAUGACAUGGUGACCUCAGACACAAGAGGAGGAGGGAGAAGGUAUAAGAGGAGCAGAUGGAGUGAGAAGUUGCAGAAGGUGGACACUCAGGGAUGAAGGAGAGAGGUUUUCCUUUUCUGUCUCUAGAGAAGAGGAAACAGAUUUGCCAGUCCGCUCGCUCGCUUCUCCUGUGGAGCACAGAGCAGGGAGAUCUUUGACCAGCCAGAGGGAGGGACUGAGCUAGAGGAGGUGGCAUCAGAGCUGGAGGCAGGUGGGCAGGAUGCGGCCUUGUUACCUGGGACCUGGUACUGCCUUCAAAGGUGGCACCAGGUGUAUGUGCCCAUCCAGCAGAGGGUGAGAGAGUCUCGUGAGUGAGCUCACCCUGCCUCAUCUUUAAACACUUGGCGGGAGGGAUGUGUCGACUGUUGGGUCAUCUUCCGCCCAGUUAUGAACCUCUUGCCUUGCAUGUGGUACAUUGGAGUCUCGACAUCUGGGUCCUGAGCCUGUAGCACUAUUCACCUGAAUAAAGACAUUCUCCUUACUUUCAAGUGAGAGUUGCUGUUGUCUUUUGAGUCGGGAGCCUCACACCAAGUCUGCUCUUCACUGGGCAUUCGUUCUGAUUUGUUUCUGGGGCAGUUACACGGCAGUGAGCAAUUUGGCCUGAAUUCAUCCUGAUUUAAAUGUGCAGUGUUUCGAUCCGCCCUCGCUAUCCUGAUCCACUUCUUCUGGGCAGCUGCAAAACUCAGGUUUUUUACUCCUCCCCUGUCUGCGUUAGAGCUGUCAAAUAGUUUCUUCUGAGCCCUGAGCCAACAUGUCGCAGCUAGUAACCAGCAGGUCUUAAGGCUUGUUUUCAGAUGUUUAUCUUCACUUAUUUCCUCCCUUUCAUCAUGGAACCCUCAGGUGACAGACAUCUACUUUAUUUUAUAUUUAUUGCAUUUGUAUCCCACGCAUGGCCUCUCCCCCUCCUCAUUUAAUGCCCUACAACAACCCUGUGAGGUAGGUUAGGCUGAGUGGUGGUGACUGACACAGGGUCACCUGGUGAGCCUCAUGACUGAGUGGGGACUUGAACCCUGGUCUCCUAAUUCCUAGUCUAUGGGUAGGCAAACUAAGGCCCGGGGGCCGGAUCUGGCUCAAUCACCUUCUAAAUCCGGCCUGCGGACGGUCCGGGAAUCAGCGUGUUUUUACAUGAGUAGAAUGUGUCCUUUUAUUUAAAAUGCAUCUCUGGGUUAUUUGUGGGGCAUAGGAAUUCGUUCACCCCCCCCCCAAAAAAUAGUCCGGCCCCCCACAAGGUCUGAGGGACAGUGGACCAGCCCCCUGCUGAAAAAGUUUGCUGACCCCUGUCCUAGUCUGACACACUUAACCACUGCACCACACUGUUUCUCAUGUGCCCAGAUGGUUCCCCAGUCCAGGCCGAGACCUGCUUAGCUUCAGCAAUUUGGUAGACUUGUUUGUCUUCAGACAACGGGACCUUAGCAAUAUAGUCUAGCAGCUUGCAAAUCAUUUGAGAAAGUGUCUCCCUCAGUCUCUCUGCCCUUGAAAUGAAACCUCCUCACUUGAAGGCCAUAACUUCCGUACACAGGAUUCUCCCACCCCAUUGCAGUCAGCAAAUACCUUGCAUUCAAUGAGCCCGUCCUACUAGCAGAGGGAUCAAACUUGUCAGUGGCUUUUAAAUCAAACACAGAGCCCAUCCCCAUAUGCAUUUAUUUGAACAGCAUUUGCAGAAAUGAUGGAGAUGAAUAAAUCUGCUUACUGGUCAGACGGUGUUCAUCUGUUUGUUUUUCUGUGUUUGCUGCUACGCUUUCAUUCCUGGGUUUGCACCCUGUGGCUAAAUGGCAUCUGCAGCCGGGUUCUAGUGGGGCCAUGGAAUUAGUGGCCUAAAGCCAUCAUUAUUGGUUUAGCUGUCUGCUUGAGAGUGCCUGCAGGGCAGGGAAGCUGCGACUCUGGAUAGGUCUGUUGUGCUGCUUGUGUGGAAGAUAAAUGCAGCUUGAGAGACUAACCUCCCCUCCUGGAACAUUUACAUCCCAAAUGGACAUUAGAGAAACUUGCAACUAAGAACGUGCAUCUGAGCUCGCCUAUUUCUUCCUCCCUCCCAAUCAGUUUUCCUUUCCUGCCAUACCUUUUUAGGUUGCUAGCUUGAGGGGAGCAACUGCCACCCUGGGAUCCAUAUAUAUAUAUAUAUAUAUAUAUAUAUAUAUAUAUACACAGUCGUACCUCGUCUCCCAAACGCCUUGGGAGUCGAAGGUCUCUGGUUACGAACUUCAUCAAUUCCGGAGGUCUGUUCUUAACCUGAGGUACCACUUUAGCUAAUGGGGCCUCCUGCUGCCGCUGCGCCACCGGCACACAAUUUCUGUUCUCAUCCUGAGGUAAAGUUCUUAACUCGAGGUACUAUUUCUGGGUUAGCGGAGUCUGUAACCUGAGGUGUUUGUAACCUGAGGUACCGCUGUAUAUAUAUAUUGCUGAGCAGUGGGACAAUUUAAAAACCUCAUCAAUAAUAAACAUGGAGUUUUAAAAUGUACUUGGAUAGAUUUGUUUGUUUGUUUGUUUGUUUUUUAAACUAAAUCAAUUUGAUGGUUGUGCUGGAAGAUGGAGUAGCAAAAAACUCAGCUUUCCUAUGUUUCUCAUAAAGCUGCUUUUCACAUUCAGGCUACAUACACAUUACAACUUGAAAGCACAGUGGAAGCACAUUCCCCCCCUCAAAGAAUUAAGAGCACUGUAGACCCCUCACAGAGUCACCGUUUGCAGUAACCCAUAAUCUUCAGUUCCCAGAGUUCUGUGAGGGUUUGUGUGUUUUGAAUGUGCUUUAAAAGUAGAGUGCGUGCGUAGCCUGAUAGUCAGGCCGCAGCCUACUUUAGAGAGGCCAGGACUGAUAGUGUAGCCCUGUCCACCAACAGAUGGGCCAGUGGGGAACCCACUGCCCCCCGGAAUCUGAUGCCUGAGGUCAAACCCACACCAUACAAAGUGCUUGUACCACUUUAAUAGUCACGACUUCCCCCAGAGAAUCCUGGGGACUGGAGUUUGUUAAGAGCGCUGACCUCACAGCACUACAGUUCCCAAUCCCUUUAACAAACUCCAGUUCCUUUUAUUCUGCAUGACUUUUGCAGUUAGGAAAGUGAUGGAGAAAUACACUGAAAAAUGUAGAAUGAACGAACGAUUAAUGGGAAGACGUAUAACUUGCCCACAAGCAAUCGAAACGAACGUUCCAUAAAGACACCAGCUGUGCACACAUGACUUUUUACUCCAGCGCAUUCCCUCCACCGGUGUUUGAAGCCAAGCGGACAUGAUGUUAGCCACGAUCCAAAUUCAUCCUGCAGUUUCUGGAGAAAUGCCCCUCUAUCAUGCGUUUUCCUUCGAUCCAGCUUCCAUCUGAUUAAAAACAGAAGCUGCGGUUAACCGACUCUGGGGUUGCAGCGCUCAUCUCGCUUUAUUGGCCGAGGGAGCUGGCGUACAGCUUCUGGGUCAUGUGGCCAGCAUGACUAAGCCGCUUCUGGCGAACCAGAGCAUCACACGGAAACGCUGUUUACCUUCCCGCCGGAGCGGUACCUAUUUAUCUACUUGCACUUUGACGUGCUUUCGAACUGCUAGGUUGGCAGGAGCUGGGACCGAGCAAUGGGAGCGCACCCCGUCACGGGGAUUCGAACCGCCGACCUUCUGAUUGGCAAGUCCUACGCUCUGUGGUUUAACCCACAGCGCCACCCGCAUCCCUUGCAGUUAAGCUGAGGUGUGGACAAUUGAGACAACAGUUGCACAUGCCCAGAUGAGAUUUGGAGACAGGAAUUGCAGACGGGGGAACAAAUCAGUAAUGCUCACCAGGUGAAGAAAUCCCUACCCUGCCUUGUACAGCAAUGUGAAAAUGCAACUUGAAAUGCAUCUGGGGUGGUGUGAGAAACAACUUUACUGAAUUUGAAGCUGCUGAGGUGUACCUAGCGCUUGUCCAAUAUCCUCAUAAGCUUUAUGUGAGCAAAUUGGGAUGAAUGCUCGAUUCCUUAGAUCUCAUAACUUUUUUAAAAAAGCUCAGAUAAAACACUUUCAUCUCCCAACGUGGUUCAGGUAUCAUUGUCUCAUGAUCUUUUUGGGUGGUGCCUAUAUAUUGUAAAGUCGAAAAUCAACGGAGAGGAAAACGACACACUUUGUUAGAUGUGAUUAUCUUGACCAAUCUGUUAGAAUAUUAUGUUAACGUGAGCAAAUGCAAAAGUGAAAUUAGAUACCAUAAACUGCAAAGUUCUGUUUCCCUCUCGUUCUCUGGUAACAGUGGCCAGGGCUAAUAUUCUGCCAGAGUUGAUUUGUUUUUGUUUGUUUUUUUGCAGUUUGAAAACCAACCAAAUUAGUGUCAAAAUCAGUGAAGCAUCUCAGAAUUGCUUUGGAGUUGUGUCAAGCUUCUUAUUCUGACCCCAAGUUACCUUUGAUUCUAUCUUAAUCUUUUUUUCCUUUCUGUAUGUUUAUGUCUUUUAAAAAAAAACUUUGUAAAAUGUUUUGUUUGGUUCCUCUUCCCCCCAUAUGAUUUUUCAGGUUGGCGGAACAAAAACUGGCGUUGUGCGAUAUGUGGGGGAGACGGAUUUUGCCAAAGGGGAGUGGUGUGGAGUGGAGCUGGACGAACCUUUGGGGAAGAACGAUGGAGCUGUUGCCGGAACAAGGUAGGGGGGCGACACAGCCUGGGUGAGCAGUGCCCGUGUGUCCAGGGUUGUUCUUUUGCCCCGGAGCUUUUCCUGUGAAAACCCGCUCCUUAGUGCCCAAUCAGAGCCAAUGUCAAUCCACGUUUCCCGGUGAUCGCCGUCUGCUCUGGGUUUUCGCAGGGAAAACUUCAGAGCAAAAAAGUACUGUAUUUUUCCGUGUAUAAGACUAUAUUUUCCCCCCCCCCCAAUUUUUUAAAGUUUAAAAUUGGGGGUCAUCUUAUACACGGAAUGUUGCAAUUGUUUAUUUAUUAAUUUUGCACUCAAAAAACAGGGGUCGCCUUAUACAUGGAGGCGUCUUAUACAUGGAAAAAUAUGGUAUGUGCUUGGACACAGAGCUUUUAAGUGCAAAUUGUGCCUGGAAAAAGCAGAAGAAAGGUAAGUGAGGAUAAGCCCGGAAUGUUUCUGCAAACUAACAGAUACACAUUUUAGAAAUCCUUCUUACCUAUAAAUUAUUAUUUGCUGAAUUUGUUAGUCACUUAAAUCACACAGGGCAACCUAAAGUGACUUACAACCAAACAGACAAUAAACCCCACAUGCAUAUAUUACAACCAAGGGGAUAGAGAAGUGAAUUAAAAACAUCCUGCGCACUUCUGACCUACCAUGAUGGUCUAGGUUUCUGUGUGCCAAAGGUUUCAUGAAGUGGUGUAGCCUGGACCACCUCAGUCGAGAAUCAGGUGUAUCAAGCCACUCUCAGACCGGACACUUAUGGGGAGAGGCCCAGGGCAAACAGAGAUGCCUGGAGGUUUCCUGAUCUUCUGACACCUCUGCGGAUCCGUCUCCCUGGCAACCAGCCGAAGGAGAUGCUUUAGCUGAGAGGCAUCCAAAGUUGCUUGGAAAUGGCAACCAUAAACAGCUGCUUGCAAAGGAUUUGGAACACCCAUUUAGCCCUCAGCUCUGCAAUUCCCCAGCUCUGCCUCCCACAGGGAGAGAAUUUGGGGCAGCUGCCAGCUGCUUUUGUGCAGAUUUUGAGGCGGCGCUCUGGAACAGCUGCUCACAUCUGGGUGAGAUGUUUGGCGUGCCUGUAGAGAUCUUCACUUGCCUUUUCAGUGAUACAUCACUAACAGCUUAUUUAGUCAGCUGAGCUGCCUGAGAAAAGGAAUAGCCCUGCCCUCUUGGCCCAGACACUGUCAUCUGCUCUGCUGCCACAUCUGAUAUUUUUUUGGUGGUGUGUAUCGUUUUUCUUGGGUGGGCUUGUUUUCCUAGGCAGCCGGGAUCUGUAUAAACAGGGCUAUGUAUUAUGAGGAGAGUUUUAAGAACUGGCACCUGAGCAAGGCUUCCCCCUCUUCCUCUUCCUCUUCCUCUCCCAUUCCCCCUUUCCUUGGGUGUUGCGUCUUUUUUGAGGUUGUAGACUUCUCAUUUUUCCUAGCCAUUGUUGAAAGUCUUUUAUUAUCAUCACCAUCACCAUCAAUUUAUUAAUUGCCUUCUGAACAACUAUCUCAAGGCAACAUUGAAAACACAAAAACAGCAAACUUUGAGGCACUUCUUCGUGUGCCUCUUCCACGAGAGGGUGGCAACACGAGAACAGGCCUUCUCUGUUGUGGCUCCCUGUUUGUGGAAUGCUCUCCCCAGAGAGGUUCGCCUGGUGCCUUCAUAUUUUAGGCACCAUGCAAAAUCGUUCUUCUUCAGCCAGGCCUUUGGCUGAUUGACAUCUGAUGCCCUUUUAAAUGUGUUGAGGGAAGGGGGAUUCUUGGUUUGUUUUUGUUCUUAUUUUUAUUAUAGGAUGUUUUGCCUUUUAUACUGUAAUUUUACGUUGUGAGCCGCCAUGGCAUCUAUGGAUGACGGGUGGUAUACAAAUUUAAUUAAUGAUAAUAAAAAAUGAUGACAAAGAUGCCCUGGGAUCUACGGAUGAGAGGCGGUAUACAAAUAUAAUAAAUGAUAACAUUAUUAUUAUUAUUAUUAAACAAUGAGGGCAAUACAAGAUAGGUGCUCAUGGCAAAGAUCCAUUUAUCCAGCUGGGAAAGCCUAUCAGGACAAAAAUGACCGACUGUGUUUUGGGAUCCCAAGUGGGGGAUCCGGAAGCAUGGAGCAGGAACGUAACCUCUGCCUGUCUUUUCAACUCCAGGUAUUUCCAGUGCCCGCCCAAGUUCGGCCUCUUUGCUCCCAUCCACAAGGUCAUCCGCAUCGGCUUCCCGUCCACCAGCCCAGCCAAAGCCAAGAAGAGCAAGCGAAUGGCCAUGGGCGUCUCGGCCUUGACCCACAGCCCCAGCAGCUCCUCCAUCAGCUCCGUCAGUUCGGUGGCCUCCUCCGUCGGGGGAAGACCCAGCCGGAGCGGGCUGGUAAGGAGCGGCUUCCGUUCAGGAAUGAGGGCUUGGGCCACAUCCCCGCACCAUAACUUUAAAGCACUAUGAUCCCACUGUAAACAGUCAUGGCUUCCUCCUCCAAGGAAUGCUGGGAAGUGUAGUUUGUUAACGGUGCUGAGAGUUGUUAGGAAACAUGCCCCCCCAUAGAGCUGUAGUUCCCAGAGUGGCUAGGAAAAACAUUGCAGGGGGGGGAUCGUGGGAAUUGUUUUAUUGCUUUUUCUCCAUGACCCUGGGACCCUGGGACACUGGGACACUGGGAUACUGGGACACUCCGCCCUCCUAACGUUAUUUCUCUCACUCAGUCACAGACCACACGUUGCUUCCAAUGUCUCACACACUCAAAACAUUCACUGGAGUGUUCCCACACGCACAUUCAGAAACCCAUGCACCUCCCCCAAUCCCCCUUUUUACCAAAAACCAAACCCAACCGGCAGCGCUUAGACUUCGACCGGGGCCCAGCAGCACCUUUACUGCUUCCUUCUGGGCGAAACUAAAACCAGUGGCACUUCUUCUACCCUGCUGGUGGGGCUUGAUCAGGCCCUCUUUGCUCCCACCUAUACCCUGUGGAGCUUACCUUUGUCCUCGAGGUACCUUCUUUCGGCCGUUGCUUUUCUCCGGUCCUUGCAAUGUCUCCACUCAGGAACGGGUGGCAAUUCCUCCCACGAACUUGGCAGGAUGUGCACUGGAACUGCUGACGCCAAUCCUAGCUGUUCACCGCAGUGACGCCUUGGACCCAUGUCCCUUAUCCUCGGGGAAUGCUGUUUUUCCCGGCCAACGCACCAAGAAAUGUAGCCUUAUGAGGCUUUGCCCUCGGGUGGGAAAAAUAUUGCGCCCGGGAAAGGGAGAUGGGAGUCAACAGACACUCAAGGAAUAGUUUCGGAGAAAAAGCUUUAUUUCUACCAUCCAUGAACUGGUAGAAGGAGCAAGUGUGAUACUUCACAAUACAAGCACGAGUUCACAGUCAUGUGCACAGAGCAUAUUCCAGUUCCCUCCCCUUUCUCCUCCUCUUCCGAAAUCCUGCUCCAUGAGUUCCUUUGAGCAUGAACAGAAAGCUCCUGUCUUGGGACUCUUCCCAGGAAAACGGGGGGUGAGAAGCCAAGGGGUUUCAGAGUGUUCAAGAUGUUGCAACUGAAUGAGAUAAAAUUCAGCUCUCAGGCCUGCUCUGACAGAGUCUAUUCAUUAGCCUUUUUGAAGCUCUCUUGUACUGAUAAAAGUAACGGUUUGCCUUGCAACAGCAGAGCAAAUGAGCAGAUGCUUAGCUGCUGAGAAAAUGAUUUUGAAAAGCUUUGAGAAGCUUUGAGCCUGCUGGGGGGGUGACUUUGGGCCUAGGUGGGGUCACCUGUCCUCACCUCCCUUUAGCUGAACAAUCAACCCCUCUUUUAAUGAAGAGAGAUGGAUUUAUUUACUGGCGGCGGCCAUUUUGCGCACAUCUAACUGAUGUGCGACCGCCGACGCGUGGGUCAUUUUAGACCCAGAAGAUGGCAGAACAAGGGCAGGGUGGGUUUAUGCAUGCUCUGCUCACAGAACCCCUGUGCAAAAUGAUUGCCACCUGUAUUGCAUUUCAUACAUUCAUAGAAUUGAAAGGGUUCCCCAAGUGUCAUCUAGUCCAACCCCCCGCAAUGCAGGGAUAUUAAAGCAUCCAUGACAGAUAGCCAUCCAACCUCUGCUUAAAAAGGAGAGCUCACAACGUCCUGAGGGAGUCCAUUUAUACCCCACCCUUUUCCUCUCAGGAACUCAAGGUGACGUACAUGGUUCUUCUCCCUGUCCUCAGUUAAUCCCCACAACAGCCCUGUGAGGUAGGUAGCUGGUCUGAGGUCACCCAGUGAGCUUCAUGGCUGUGUGGGGAUUUGAACCCUGGUCUCCUGGGUCCUAGCGCAACACUUUAACCACUACUCCACCCUGACUAAAUCAUAGUCCAGCGUCCUCUGGAGGGCUUGGGCAGGGCUGCUUCAGAGCGGGGGGUGGGGUAUAUACUUUCUUGUGAAGCUUGCCUGUGGCUCACAGUCUUGUCAGUGUCUGACAAAGAUCUAUUUAUUUCCCCCGGAGCAGUUUAACAAUCCAUCCCUCUUCCCUCUGGGAAUUAUAGCUCUGUGAGGGGAACAGGGACCUCCUAACAACUCUCAGCACUGAGCAACAAACUGCAGUUCCCAGGAUUCUUUGGGGGGAGCCAUGACUAUCACAUGAUGCUUCAAAGCUGCCCUGUGGAUGUGGUCUAAAUGCAACAACUUGGUGCUAAAUAUUAGUAUUGCAAUGCAGACCUCUUCCACUUUCUCUGCUGGCAAAUAGUUUUUUUGCGGGCUCUUGUAUUCUCCAUGAAGGGAAUAGGGGUGUUAAACCACAGAGCCUAGGGCUUGCCGAUCAGAAGGUCGGCGGUUCGAAUCCCCGUCACGGGGUGAGCUCCCGUUGCUCAGUCCCUGCUCCUGCCAACCUAGCAGUUCGAAAGCACACCAAAGUGCAAGUAGAUAAAUAGGUACCACUCUGGCAGGAAGGUAAACAGCAUUUCCGUGUGCUGCUCUGGUUUGCCAGAAGCGGCUUAGUCAUGCUGGCCACAUGACCCAGAAGUUUUACGCCUGCUCCCUCGGCCAAUAAAGCGAGAUGAGCGCCACAACCCCAGAGUCGGCCACGACUGGACCUUUACCUUUAGCCAUGAACUAGAUUUUGGGGGCAGAGGGAGGGAAGCCAUGUUUAAAGCGGAAUCGUAGUGCUUUAAUCUAUGAUGUGAACGCUCCCUGUGUUUGGAUGUUGGGUUUGAAGAGACUAAUUUUGAAUGAUAGAAUAACGGAACAGGAAAUAGAAGGUGCCAUUCAAAAUAUGCAACUGGGUAAAUCUCCAGGCCCAGACGGCUUGACCUCUAGAUACUACAGAUCCUUAAAAGACUGGUUAAUUCAACCAUUGAAAGAGGUCUGCAACGAAAUAAUGGAGGGGAGGAGGGCACCAGAGUCGUGGAAAGAAGCAUAUAUUACACUUGUACCAAAAACAGAGGCUGAAAAGACACAACUAAAGAACUACCGCCCAAUAUCAUUACUUAAUGUGGAUUACAAAAAUUUUGCAGAUAUUUUGGCGAAGAGAUUUAAAAAAGUGCUGUUGGAAGAGAUUCAUAAGGACCAAGCGGGCUUUCUCCCAAGAAGACACUUGUCUGAUAAUUUGAGGAAUAUAAUUGAUAUUUUGGAAAAAUUAGAAGUGAAUAUAAACACUAAAGCAGUGUUGAUAUUUGUAGACGCGGAGAAAGCCUUUGACAACAUUUCUUGGAAUUUUAUGAAGAAGAAUCUACAGGGUAUGGGGGUAGGCCAAGGUUUUGAGAAUGGUAUAAGUGCAAUUUAUUCAGAACAAAAGGCUAAACUAAUUGUAAAUAAUGUUGUGACGGAAGAACUUAAAAUUGAAAAAGGGACACGACAAGGUUGCCCAAUUUCCCCUCUUCUCUUUAUUUCGGUCCUGGAGGUGUUGCUGAACAUGAUUAGAAGGGACCAGUUGGUUAAAGGUAUACAGGUCGGAACUAAACAUUAUAAAUUAAGAGCAUUUGCAGAUGACUUAGUACUGACGUUACAGGAGCCAGAAUCUAGUACAAAAGGGUUUUAGAACUGAUUCAAGAAUUUGGUCAAGUGGCAGGAUUUAAAUUGAACAAAUCAAAAACCAAGGUUUUAGAGAAAAAUUUAACACCUUUUGAAAGAGAGAGGUUUCAGAAUGAGACAGGGUUAACAGUGGUUAAGAAAGUUAAAUACUUGGGGAUUAACAUUUCAUCAUAAAAUGGGAAUUUGUUUAAAGAUAACUAUGAAAAAUGUUGGUCAGAAGUGAAAAAAGAUUUAGAAAUUUGGUCAAACCUGAAGCUUUCACUGCUAGGCCGUAUUGCUGCGAUAAAAAUGAAUGUAUUGCCUAGAAUGUUGUUUUUGUUUCAAACUUUGCAGAUCGUGGACAAAGUGGAUUGUUUCAAGAGGUGGCAGAAAGACAUUUCUAAAUUUGUCUGGCAGGGCAAGAAACCUAGAAUAAAAUUUAAAAUUUUAACAGAUGCAAAAGAAAGAGGUGGAUUUGCCCUGCCAGACCUUAAACUUUAUUAUGAAUCAGCAGCUUUUUGCUGGUUGAAAGAAUGGCUACUUCUUGAAAACACUGACAUUUUGGAUUUGGAAGGUUUUAAUAAUGUAUUUGGAUGGCAUGCAUAUUUAUGGUAUGAUAAGGUCAAAGCACACAAAGCAUUUAAAAACCACAUUGUCAGGAAAGCGCUGUUUAAUGUUUGGAUAAGAUAUAAGGAUCUAUUAGAAAACAAAACCCCAAGGUGGCUGUCACCAAUGGAAGCGAAAGCCUUGAAAAGGGUCAAUAUGGAGGUCAAAUGGCCGAAAUAUUGGGAAAUUUUGGAACAAGACGGAGAUAGACUGAAAUUGCAGAGUUUUGAAAAAUUAAAACAAAGUGAGAGACUGGCUUCAUUAUUAUCAAAUAAUGGAGGCAUUUAAAUUAGACAGGAAAAUUGGCUUCCAGGUGGAAAAAUCAAAAUUAGAAACAGAAUUGUUAGAACCCAAUACUAAGAAUCUGUCAAGAAUGUAUAACUUGCUGCUGAAAUGGAAUACUCAAGAUGAAACGGUAAAAUCGGCUAUGAUUAAAUGGGCACAGGACGUAGGACAUAACAUUAUGUUUGCUGACUGGGAACAGUUAUGGACCACAGGUAUGAAAUUUACGGCAUGUAAUGCCUUAAGAGAGAAUAUUAUGAAAAUGAUAUACAGGUGGUACAUAACCCCAGUCAAGCUUGCGAAAAUUUAUCACUUGCCCGAUAACAAAUGUUGGAAAUGUAAAGAAACUGAAGGUACAUUUUUUCACCUUUGGUGGACGUGCCCAAAGAUUAAGGUUUUCUGGGAAAUGAUAUAUAAUGAAUUAAAAAGGUAUUUAAGUAUACCUUUCCCAAGAAACCAGAGGCCUUUCUCCUGGGCAUAGUGGGCCAAAUGGUGUUAAAAAAAGGAUAGAACUUUCUUUAUGUAUGCAACAACAGCAGCAAGAAUACUCAUCGCAAGGUAUUGGAAGACACAAGAACUUCCCACGCUGGAGGAAUGGCAGAUGAAACUUAUGGACUAUAUGGAAUUGGCGGAAAUGACUGGCAGAAUCCGUGACCAGGGAGAAGAGUCGAUGGAGGAAGAUUGGAAGAAAUUCAAAGACUAUCUUCAGAAACACUGCAAAAUUAAGGAAUGUUAGAGUGAUGUUGGAUUGAAAAUAAGUGGUUUCCAGCUGUACAGGUUAAAGCUAGGAUAGAUUAAGAUUAAGGAUUAAGAUUGGGAAAAAUUUAAAGGUAUAUGACAUUAAAAACAAGGAUUAUGUUUAUGUUAUAUAGUUUAAUAUUUUAUUAAAUUAAAGAUUGGGUUUAAAAAGUUGAAAAGAAAUUGCUGGACAAAUAAUGUAGAUUGGAAUACAAAAGAGGGAGGUAUGAGGAAGUCCAGAAAAUAAGUAAUUUAAAAUUGGGAACGUAAAAGAGAGGUUGUUUUAAAUUGUUAUGUUGUGUGUUUUUAUUGUUAAAUUUUGUAUUGUGUUUUUUUUGUGUGUGUUGUUUUUUCUUUUUUCUUUGUUUAAAACUUUAAUAAAAAUUAUUUAAAAAAAAAAAGAAAAAAAAAAGGAUGUUGGGUUUGUCGCGAAGCUGACGGACCGAAUAAUGGACCUGUCGUGUUUCUCAUCUGAGCUUCUCCAACCUUCCUCCUCCUCCUCCUGUUCCUCUUGCAGUUGACGGAAACUUCUUCUCGCUACGCCCGGAAGAUCUCUGGCACGACAGCCCUGCAGGAGGCCCUGAAGGAGAAGCAGCAACACAUUGAGCAGCUGCUGGCGGAGCGAGACCUGGAGCGAGCUGAGGUUGCCAAGGCAACCAGCCGCAUCUGCGAGGUGGAGAAGGAGAUCAGCAUCUUGAAAGCACAACACGAGCAGGUAAGGGACUUGCCUGGGCCACCUCUGAGCUGGCAGAGAGGGAUGAGAAAAUCACAAGCAGGGAACGAAGUGCUUUUUGUUGAUCUGUGUGGGAUAAGGAAGCGAACCUAUACCGAAUCAGACCAUUGAUUUAUCUCUUUCUGCCCUACCUUGAGAUUCCAGGGAUCAAAUUUAAUAAUUAAAACAAAUACCUCAAGGACCGUUUCUCCACAUAUGAACCUACCCAGACCCUGGGAUCAUCUUCUGAGGCCCUUCUUCGUGUGCCUCCUCCAUAAGAGGUCCAGAGGGUGGCAACACGAGAACAGGGCCUUUUCUGCAGUGGCUCCCCAUUUGUGGAAUGCUCUCCCCAUGGAGAUUCGUCUGCUGCCUUCAUUAUAUACCUUUAGGCACCAGACAAAAACGUUCCUCUUCAGUCAGGACAUGGGCUGAUGAAUGAUUGAAUCCUGCGACUCUUAAUCUCAGAUCCCCACGUUGGGUAAAAAGAAUUCAAUGUUGCGGGGGUUGGACUAGACCCUAGUGGUGCCUUCUAGCUCUAUAAUUCUAUGAUUCUACAGCAUCUUUAUAUCCUUUUAUAUGUGUAAUGGGGGUGGGUUAUUGUUUUGUUCUUAUUUUAUUAUGUAUUUUGUGUUUUUAUCUUGUAUUUUUAUGCUGCGAGCCGCCCUGAGAUAUUUGGAUGAAGAGCACUACACAAAUUUAAUAUCAAUAAAUACCAGACCUUGGGCUGAUUAACAUCCUAUGGCCUUUUAAACGUCUUUGUGGGAGGGGGGGUUAUUGGUUUGCUUAUUGGUGUAUUUUCUGUUUGUAUUUUUGUGUUGUGAUCUUCGGACGAAGGGUGGUAUACAAAUUUAAUCAAUAAAAUAAUAUUAUUAAUAAUAAAGGACACCAGUAGGCAGGGAGUUCCAACAUGUAGGCACUGCCGCACUCAAAAAUCAAGUUCUUACAAGUGCAGAAUGAUUAUUAUGAGCUGCUUUCAACAGUGACAGUUCUGCAGAUCGGAGCAGUCAAUUGGGCAUGUAUAGGCUAAGGCAGUCCCACAAGCGUGGAGGGGUUCCCAAGCUGUUAAGAGUUUUAUUUACCAAUAGAGACACCUUGAGCUUUGCCUGGUAGCAAAUCAGCAGCCAGCACAGACCUCUAAACAUCUCAUUCCUGUUGGCGCCAGGCAAACUUCCCUGGGGAAACAUUCCACAAAUGGGGAACCACUGCAGAGAAGGCCCCGUUCUCGUGUUGCCACCCUCUGAACCUCUCUGAACCUUCAAGUUUAGUCCUGAACUGAGCCCUUAUUAAAGCUCUGUAGGUUUCCACCUGCUCAGAGACCACCAAGGUGCCCAGUGGAAGGGACUCUGAGCUUCCUGAAGGAAUGAAAUAAUGCUGAAGAUGCCUGGUGUAUUUAUUUCCUCUGCUAUUUCUGUAUUUAAAAAUAUCUUCUUCUUCUUUGGCGAUCACUCGUAGCUGAGUAAGAUUGUCUUCCAUAAACACGGUUUUAACAAUGAGUCUGUAAGUGACGGCGGAGGCCAAUUCUGGAUCCACACAUCCUUCCACAGUGGGGACAUUGGUUCCCAGGCAGGAGUUGAUCACGGUGUGGAUUUGCCAAGCGUGCCUUCCUCCUAGCAUGUUUCUCCCUUGCGUCCUGAGUUUGAGCAUUUUCAAAGCCCAUGACACCUUUGGUCAAGGCUGUUCUCCAACUGGAGCGCUCGCAGGCCAGUGUUUCCCAGUUGUCGGUGUUUAUACUACAUUUGUUUUAGAUUUGCCUUGAGACAGUCUUUAAUCCUCUUUUGUUGACCACCAGCAUUGUGCUUUCCAUAUUUAAAAAUAUAACGGUGAUAUCUGUGUGCGUGUGUGCCCAUGCAGUCUCUAUCUUGCCCGUUUGUGUGUUGCCUGUUUUGGGACCUUUCUUUUCCUUUUCUUAGUACAUCUCUGAAGCAGAAGGGAAUUUGCAGAGGGCGCGAACCAUGCUGGACAGGUCGCAGAAGGAGAAAGUGGAGUUGCUCAACCAGCUGGAAGAGGAGAAAAGGUAUCCCAAAUAGAGCAGGGGGCAGUGAGACACGCAGCCCCCUUGCUUGCUCAGAGGGAUUUGGUGUUGACAGCGCCAGUGAUGGCACUUCUGGCUAGCAAUGAGGGAUGCUGAGAGAAACCUGACAGAAACGGGAGGGUGGAAAUGCUGGCUUUCACUUAUUUGUCUGGCAAAAGAAACUCAAUCCUGCAAGCAUGAUUGGCACCUGUCCUUUGGAACCCCAGCCCCCCACUGCAUAUCAAACAGGCCCCUUUUCUCUGUUGUUCUUUCGGCUCCUCUAUCAACAGGCCUUCUAAAACCCAGGCGGCAUCUGUCCUAGAUCUGAACUGAUUUGAUGUAUGUGAUGCAGUUGUUUUAAACUGUUUUUAUAUUCAUAGGUUAUUCAGUGUUAUUUUAUGCAAUUGUUUUUAUUUCUCUAUCUGCUUUAUGUAUGUCAUUAUAUUGCAAAUCUCGUUGAGAUGUCUCGCGGGAAGCCGUUCAGAAAUCUGGUAACGAUGCUUUACUUAAUCAGUGCGAGAGAGAUUCAGAGGAUUUUUUAAACACCCCCCAAAAAUACAACCUUCAUGCUAAUGGUUUCCCCUCCCUGACUUCUUUUUUUCCGCCUCAGGAAGGUGGAGGAUUUGCAGUUCCGCGUUGAGGAAGAAUCCAUUACGAAGGGAGACUUGGAGGUAAUCUGUGGCAGCCCCACAUUUUUUAAAAGGCAUGAGCUGAGUUGCCCGCGACUGUUGGUUGUCUCUCCUUCCCUUUGUCAGCCUUUCUGGCCCAGCCUUGUUUUAAUAAUAAACAGAGUUAUAUUAAUUAGCUGCUGCCUAACGAAGUGCAGGGCUGGGACGUGUGUUUUCCGAACGGCUUUCACAAAGGACCGUUUUCGGACGACGUGCCACAGAGCUGACAUUGCUCGCUUGUGCUUUGGGUCAAUCAUGGGGCGAGUUUUGUUUUGUUUUGAUCUCUUUGGAGCCUUUAUUCUCUGGUGAGGGGGACUCAGUGCAUUUAUUUCACUGGAGGGGAGGGGGAAAAGUACAUCGAAUUGCAGAGCAUAUCAUGAGUGUUUCCAAGUUCUGGAUUGUGGUGGGUACCCCCUCACUGUCCUGCUCCUCUCCCAAUUUUGUUCCAGUUUUGCCUGCUAUUUAAACAAGUCUUGUUUUGCAUCUUGGUUAGUAGUAAAACUGUAUUGUCCCUUUGAGUGGGGGAAGGAGCAGUGGAAGUGUAUCUGCGCUGUUAGGGUGAUAUCAAACUAAGUCACACUCGAAAUAGACUGAAAUUAAGCAGCUUAAGUACAUUGAUUUCAGUAGGACUACUCUGAGUUUGACAAACUUAUCACCUGUGGAAAGAAAGACUUAAUGUCAACAGCAUUAAACAUGCUGACAUACAAUAAGGAGACAUUCUAUAAGGAUUUUUAAUUAAAAUCUAACUACUUUUGGGUGGAGGCAAUUCGAAAUGAGGAAAGCAGGAUGCAUUUAUUUAUGAACUUAAAAUAUCUUUGUGUAUCCUAUUUGGAAAACGCUACUUUGGCUUGGUGUUCGUAUGCUUUCCACUUCCUGAGUGUAUUAAAGAAGGGUGAAACUGCUUUGGAACUGUGCAGCAUUCCCAAAGCAAAACUCGCAUUAAAAGGUGAAGUGAACGCGAUUCACCGAGGGCACUUUGGUCCAUAGAAGGAGGAGCACAAGGCUGAGAAUGGCAGGUUCUCCGAAAAGCUGACUACGUCUGUGCGUGAAGCUCUGAGGGAGAAUUGCUGCAAGGGGACAGAGAGGGCUUGGGUCAAAUGGUACCCUGCAAUGGCAGGUUUGUCUCUACUACUCUUGGAUGGAGACAGUCUUGAGGGGUCUGGGAUGAGGCUGGUUUGGAGCGAAACGCUCUCAUCGCAAGCAAUUGUUUGCAUGUGCAGUGGGACCUGAAGGAGCGUCUCCACCCCCAUCGUUUUGCCCAGACACUGAGGUCCAAUGCCGAGGGCCUUCUGGUGGUUCCCUCGCUGUGAGAAGCCAAGUUACAAGGAACCAGGCAGAGGGCCUUCUCAGCAGUGGCACCUACCCUGUGGAAUGCCCUCCCACCAGAUGUCAAAGAGAAAAACAACUACCAGACUUUUAGAAGACAUCUGAAGGCAGCCCUGUUUAGGGAAGCUUUUAAUGUUUAAGAGGUUAUUGUAUUUUAAUGUUCUGUUGGAAGCCACCCAGAGUGGCUGGGGAAACCCAGCUAGAUGGGCGGGGUAUAAAUAAUAAAUUAUUAUUAUUAUUAUUAUUAUUAUUAUUAUUAUUAUUAGGGGCUGCCAGCAAUUCUGGGCGAACAGAGCUGGUCCUCUGUGCUUGGUACCUUCAGGAAAGAGCACCUGGAGAUAAAUAUACAGAAUAGACGGGCGGUUGUCUAGGGCAGCAGUUUGCAGUGAUAGGUUGUCUCAUCUCGGAUCAGGAGAUGGGUGUCUUUACAUUUACAUUGUUAACUUUUGAGGGGUGCCUGCCCCUAUGUGCUGCCACAGUUCAGAGGGUUGACCCGGAAGCUGUCUCUCAAUUGCGUGGCAGUUGCCGCCCCUUGCUGCCUCUUGCUUGAGCGGGCUUCCCUGCCUUUAUGGAUCUUACGCUCUCUUUAUUCUCCUGUUUGUGAACUGCCUUCCUUUGCCCUGUUUUCUGGAGAAGAUAACGACGUUACACUUCUCCUCUUGUCCGUUCUCUUUAUUUAUUCCUCUGUUUUCUACUCUCUUUCUCCCUCUCCCAAUUUUUUUGUUUUGUUCUAUUUCCCCCCUUUUCCUUCCGUGUUCUUUCUUUUAUUUUCUCCUCCCGACCAGACCCAGACCCAGCUGGAGCAUGCCCGAAUACGGGAGCUCGAGCAGAACCUCCUGUUUGAGAAGACGCAGGCUGAAAAGCUUCUCAAAGGAUUGGAGGACUCUAGGGUAAUCUGUCCCUGAUGCUCCCCACCCCGCAAAACAGUCUCAUCCUGCCCUGCUCCACGCAACCCAAUGCCUGUGGAUCAGAUUGCUUGCAUCUGUUUUGAUACCAACAAAUCCUUAACCCCCCAAAAAACCCCACUUUUGUUUUCGUUUCUGUUGUUUUGGUCUUCAGCUUUCAUUAUUUCAUUUAUUACAUUAUAUUUGCAAUUUCCGCGCUUCCUCUUCGCCCCCUUCCCCACCCGCUCUCUCUAACGCCCUGCAAAGGGUUGCAUUUUGCAGUUUUGCCUUCUCCGUGUCUGUAAAAGGCAAACCCUUCCUUUUGGUUUUCUGUCCUUCAGCUUCUCAUGCAACAUGAUAACCACCGGGACUGGAGCAAACCGCCAUUUGCCAUCCAAUUUAACCAAUCGAUAAUCAAUCGCUGGCCGAAUACAGGGGGCCAUUUAUCUGGCAGUGUGUGUGUGUCUGUACCCUCCUUGACAGGCUGCCACUUGUUCUCAUGCCACCUGGGGAGUGAGGAGAAGGGUUUUAAAAACAAUUCGCCAUAUAUCCUCACUGACCCAAAAAGAGGGGUGGGAACGAGACUUGGAAUUCCUUGGCCACCAGCUUCCCAAGCAGCUCUGCCAUGGAAUCAUAGAAUUGUAGAGUUGGAAGGGACCCUCGAGGGUCAUCUAGUCAUAGCUGUCAACUGUCCCUUAUUUGGCGGGAAAGUCCCUUAUCCUAGCGCUGUGUCCCGCUGCUGUCCCUUAUUGAUGAUGUCCCUUAAAUUUCUUGGGUUUCAAAGGAAGCAGCUCCUCUCCCUCCCUCCCUCCCUGCCGGCCAGGGAGCAGGGAGGCUCCAACUGGGUUGCUUGGCUGCGUUGCUCACCCAAUAAGGAGUCUAAGAACGACUGGGGGGUGGAGCUUGCAUGCCUUGUGCUGAUCAAAUCGGCCGCGUUUCCUGGGGACUCGCCUUUGCUCAGCGCUUCCCAGCAGAGAGGUGACGGUGGUUUUCCUUGCUGCAUUCCUUGCCGGGUUGCUGCGCUGUGGGAACCACCGCUUGAGGCUUCGUUUGGCUGCUGUCUGGGUUUUCUGCCUUUGGCUCGGAGGGGCUCAGAAGCUGAACAUACCUGUGCCUGGAAAAUCCCUUGUUUUGGCUGCUGGUCCCUUAUUUUCAAGGCUGCUGGUCCCUUAUUUUCAAAUCUGUAAGUUGACAGCUAUGCAUCUAGUUUAACCCCCUGCCGUGCUGGAAUGUCAACUAAUUGUCCAUGCUCCUUGAUAAAUGGCCACCUGUAUUUGUCCUUUCAUCAUCGCAGAGCUCUUCAGGGCCCCAGGAAUUCUGCAUUGAAACCAAAUUCCUGUAGUGGUGGGACCAGAAUCCAGGAAUGCAAAUUAAACUGGGUGCAUGUUUGCUUAACUGUUAAAAUGGACGUGGUGUUGGGUGUCAGGGUAUCACUGGGUGCUUGAAGAAGGCCGUGCGUCUCUGGUUCUCUGUCCGCCUGGGUCCAGUUCUGGCCUCCUCUCCGUGGCUUCCUCUCUGCCCCAUCCUCUGGCUUGCUGAGCUGUUUGGAACUUGUGUGACUCUCAAUUUCUGCGUGGAGGUCUUUCCAAGUUAGCUUCUUUCCUGUGCACUUUUAUUUAUUCAUUUUAAGCACCUGCAGCCCACUCUUCUGCUGAAAAGACCCCUAGAGCAGCUUACCUAGGACAAGGCAGUCUCUUGCCUGUUACGACACAAAAGGAAAAGGGACGAGAAGGGAAGAGGGGGCGGAAUAGGUGACUUCUAAGCGACUCUGCAAUUCUGUGUUUGCAGCCAUGCGUGGAUCUGGUGGGGUUGGUUUGAGAUCUGUUCCUUGAGAUUUCCUGCCUCUGAAAGCGCCUUCCUUCCAUUUAUUUUCACCAUGACUCGCAAGCCAAACAUGCUGCUGCUUACCGUACCCCGCAUUAAGCUAGCCAGCUGCUUCCCAGCCCAUCAUUCAACAUUAAGCAUGGUCAGCAACACGCUUCGCAUCAAGCACCCUUCCUGACUCCUUCUUUUCUCGAACUCAGCUAAUGGCUCCUUCUAACCGACUUGGCAUGACUUGGUUUCUUUCUUUCUUUCUUUUAAAAAAGGGCACUUCACCCUUUUACACCAGGGUAAGCCAUGUGGUAAUAGAGGGGACAAAGUUAACUUAGAAAUGAGCAGAAACAACUCCGAUGUUACCCGGAUCAUGUUUCGUUGUUAAGGGGUUCCUUUGGCCCCAGGAAGCAAGGGACCAAAGUUGGGGUGGGGCAGAAUGCUGAUGUUUUCAUUGAUGGCUGUGCAAUGGGUCACCGCUGUUCCCAUUUGACAGGUGGGAAAGACUGAGGUUGAUUGAUGGGGCAAGGUGUGUGUGUGUGUGUGCGAGAGAGAGCGAGAGAGAGAGCGUGUGUGAGCUUUCAGGAGCCUGUCGCACCCGGGUGGGAAAACUGUGAGCACUUCCGACUGCAGGUGUGGAAGGAAUCUUUUUAAAAGUUCCUCUGUGUUUUGUCUGUCUGUAAGGCUGCCAUUGUGCAGACACCGUCUUUGGAAUAUUUUUUUAUACCACUUUUUAUUAAUAACUGCAAUUUUUUCUUUUAAAUUACAGUGGAACCUCGGUUGUCGAACACUUCGGAAGUCAAAUGUUUCAGCUUUUGAAUGCCGACAACUCGGAAGUGAAUGCUUCCAUUUUCAAACGCACCUUGGAAGUCGAAUGGCUUCCAAGACGCGUUUCUCCAUGUUUUCAGUGGAUUUCGACCGCCCAUUGCACCUCGGUUGUCGAACGUUUCAGAAGUCAAACGGCCUUCCGGAACGGAUUACGUUUGACAACCAAGGUUCUACUGUAUUGUUGUAAUCUGCUUAGGGUUGCUGUUGCUUUUUUUUUUUUUUAACAGCCAGCCAGUAUAUAAUUGUUGUUAAAUUUAAAUUCAUUCUAAUGGAGAAAAUUAAAAAUAAGCAAGGAAGGGAGGCCCAGCCUAAUCCUCUCCUAGGGACCCAUUGUUUUGGGGUGGUUGGUUUUUUUUGGCAAUAUAUGGCUUGCCUCCAUAUGUACACAUGCACACCCUGCCAGCCACAGUGAUGGGGGAUUUCACAGCUGGUAAUAGGCCACAUGGGACCCGGGACAAAAUGAUGCCAUGCCAAGCUCUCCUGUUCCGGGUGCCAGCCAUCCCAUUUUCCUUCUUCCAGGCUAUUGACAGCCAUCCCUAAAUUUGCGUCUUCGGUGUAAUGCCAGUGGCAAGGAUCCUUUACCUAGAAAUAUUACUGCUAUUGUAAAAUGACAUGGUUCUUAGAGAGAGAGAGAGAGAGGUGUGUGAAUGCUUACCCUGGUGCAAAAAAGAAGAAAAACCAAAUCAUACCUCAAAAGGAAGGUUCUGUUUGCAUUAGCAAUGUACUUAGACAUUUGCCUUCCCUCUGCUGAGAGUCUUUUCAUACAGCAGCCAGCUCAGUUUUGCCACCAAAUUCCCAACCUUUUAAAUGAAGUUUGCGUUAGCCUCUUUCGUCUGGCGCAACCAGACAUCCAGUUAAAACAGGGAUAGCGGAGAGAGCCUAUGUUCCUCAGAUGUUGCCAUACUACAACACUCAUCAUCCUCCGCACUGACCAUGCUGGCUGGGACUGAUGCUCGGCAACAUCUGGAGGGCCACAGAUUCCCCCACCUGCGCCUAAAAAUGUAUUGGGCUGUCUAUUAUUAUUAUUACCGUUAUGAUACACGGUGUGAAAAGACCCCAAAAGAAAUGGGCAAGUAUGAAAAGGCAAGGGCUGACUUUGCGUAUGUGCGUUUAUUUUAUCGUCCACUCUUCCAGCUGACUACGGUGGCCGAGAAGUCGCGGAUCCUCCAGUUGGAGGAGGAGCUGGCCUUAACGCGAGGCGAGGUGGAGGAACUCAGGCAGUGCUUGAAGGACACACUUCCUCCGGAUUCUCCGGACCACAGCCUCGGCUUGCAGACGGAGGCCCUGCGCCUCCGCGACCAGCUGCUUUCCGCUAACAAGGAGCACCAGAAAGAGAGCAGCCAGCUGAAGGAGAAGUACGAAAGGACGCUGAAGAAGCACCAGCAAGAGAUCGAGAAGCUGAAGGCCCUGAACGAAAAGUACUCGCAGGAAAUUGUGGACCUCAAGCAGAAGGUCCAGCAGGCCACCAACGAGAACAUGGGCCUCAUGGACAACUGGAAGUCCAAGCUGGACACGCUGGCAUCCGACCAUCAGAAGUCGCUGGAGGACCUCAAGGCCACCUUGAACACGGGCCCCGACAGUCAGCACAAGGAGAUAGUGGAGCUGAAGGCUGUGGUGGAGAGCAUCAAGAUGGAGCACCAGCUGGAGCUGGAGAACCUGAAGGCCAAGCACGACAUCGAGACGGCCGUCCACAUCAAGGAGAAGGAAGGCCUGAAGCUGAAGGUGCAGGAAGCCAAGGACGAGGUGGAGGAGAGCGACAGGAACUGGAAGCAGCAGUUGGAGGCCAAGACCAACCAGCACCUGUUGGAGCUGCAGGACCUGAAGGACAAGUGCCGAGACGCGGAUCUCCGAGCACACGAGCUGGAGAAGCUUCACGGCGACUAUGAGGAUCAGGCGCAGGCCAUCGCUUUCCUGAAGGAGCAGAUCGCUCUGGCCGAGAAGAAGAUGCUGGACUACGAGACGCUGCAGAAGACGGAAGCCCAGAACAAGCAGGAGAUCCAGCGGCUGCAGGAGAAAGUCCUUGUGCUGGAGAACAAGCUGCAGUCCACAGAAGCGCUUCAUCCUUCUCAGCACACCAACGUACGUUGACUGGCCUAGCUGAUUUCCAGCACCUUCCUCCACCCCCUCACCCACCCCCCACUUUUUAAUUGUCUUUAAAACUCCCGGAUGCAUUUACAAAGAUGUUAGCACACAACUGAGGAUUUGAAGCUAGCAGUAAUGUUUCCUCUAAACCAGGGCCGUCCCUAGUGUUAGACAAAGUGAGGCAACAGCCUCAGGCGGCAGACAUUUCCAAACAUUCCCUUCUGUUGUAGGACAGAGCUUUGCGUGCUACGCAUCCUGUCUUUGCAGGGCCGGAUUAAAACCUUUAGAGACCCUAAGCACUUAAAAGAUUUUGGUGCCCCCGUAUAUAUCCAAUUCAAAAUAUAAACAACAAUAAACCGUAAAACAAGAUUUUAUUUUUCGAGAUGAAACGAAACCUAAUGCAAGAUAGAAAGCGAUGUUUAUUGUCGUAUGCUUCCACUUCUAAAAGAAUGCUAGGUUUGGAGGAGCAGAGGCAGAAUGAGAAAGUAAGGUGGGAACUCUAAUAAAGACAAGGAGUUUGUGCUGGGUCCAGGGGCAGAACGGAAGCUGGCGACAGCGUCUGGGGAGACAAGGAAGCAAACAAACAAAUGAAAAUGGCAUAGCGCAAUACAGACCUGCGUAAGGAAGAGCCAUAGCUCGGCAGCCGACUGGCAGGCUGUUCUGAAGGUGGCUCUGCCUCUUGGGUCAACAAUGGCUGUUUUCAGGUCCUGCCUUUAUCAGAGCCCCGAUCCACCUUCGGGAAAGAGCCCUAGUUUCAUGUCAGAAAGCCCUAUGCUCAGUCCCCAGCACUUCCUGUUCAGAACCAUGAGGACUAGAGUCUUACUUUUUACAUAGGUGGUCAGUAAUUCAGUGACAGAGCACUUGGUUUCAGGUUUAGUCCCCAAGGGCAGCUCCGGGGAGGUGUCCUGCUUGAAACUUUGGAGAGCUCCUGCCAGCCAGUGUAGGCUACACUGAGCUAGAUGGACCAGUGGCCUGACUGUGCAAGGCAGUGCCUGUCCUAGGUGCUUCUGACCAGGCUGUGUACACAGUCCCCUGUUCCUUUCCCUAAUAUGUGCGCAAUCCUUCUGACGUCUGGGGAAUGUGUACAAUGGCCAGUUGUGCGCAUUCUCCAUUUGAUUUGCAUGAGCCGAGGUGCACCCGAAAAUUUUACGCUUGCGUGUUUUUACCGUUUGUUACAGAUGAUUGAAACCAAUGACAUUUCAGAAGAGAAGAUCAAGAUGAAGCAGACCAUGGAAGGUAACUCUCUCUAGAAAUCAGACAGGCUGUGUUAAGUUUCAGAGGCCAGCCUAGAAACUGGCUUAAUUUCAGGAGGUUAUGAAUGUCACUCUAAUGUUUCUUGCUUCUGAUGUUUGAGCCUAUGUUUUCAGUUUUGCGAAUUGUGCUAUUCCCCACCUCCCUGUAAGCAGCGCCGGAUUUACGUAUAAGCUAAACAAGUUAUAGCUUAGGGCCCCACUCUCUUGGGGCCCCCAAAAAAAUUUAAAGGAAAAAAACACCUGGAUGUACAUUUCCAAAAUUUAAGAUAAAAAACAAAUUAAAUAAAACCUACAUACAGCAACAGUCUUAUGUGUUGUGUAGGCUCCUAUGCUGUAAGUAAUGGGCCCUGUCUGCUAGCCUGCUCCCUAAAAUAUCACUGGUUUGCUCAUUUCUAUAUAUAGGGUGCCUACUUUCUGCAUGGACUGGUUGCAUGGCAACAUGUGCAAAUAGCUUUAGAUCCCUAUUAGGUCCAUAGAUGACCAUAUAGCAUAUAUUCAACACAAAAAACAUCGACACUUGGUUGUUGACAAAGGACAGCUGGACAUAUAAAAGGGCCCCAUUACCUUUAGUAGCUUAGGGCCUCAUUAGUCUAAAUCUGGCCCUGCCUGUAAGCUACAUUGAGACAUAUAGUGAAAAUUGGGGUGUUAAUCCCUUAAACAAAUGAAUAAAUGAAGCCCCUAAUAAUAUAAGCUUGCAAACGUAACAGGUGACCCGAGUCCCUCUUAUCCUCCUGCAGAUCUCCAGGACAAGCUGAGUAAGAAAGAUAAAGAGGUGUCAUCACUUGUCUCCCAAGCAGACACGCUAAGGACUCAAGUAAGUGGUAAGUUUGCUUAGGCUUGUGUUGGUCAGAUUGACAGAUAAUUUCAGCGGGGGGGGGGGGCGAGGACGGACAUCUAUUUUAGUCCUCACUUUAAUGGAGGGGCCGAAUCUACAUCUGGGCUGUACCACUUUAGAGCUGAGAGGAGGGCUCUCACACAACUGAUGUGAAUCGCCUGCACAUGGAAACCAAGCAGCUCAGGGAGAAAGCAAAACUCGGGACCUUCUCUGUGUGCGAAACCCGACAGUUGUUGCUGGAAGGAAAGGCCAGCUUUUAGUAUGUGCUAGUGGCCGAAAUCGUGGAAAGUUGUAUUACUGAUGUUUGAUGGCUCAUAAUGCUGGUGUUGUGUUUCUUUUUAGAAUAAUACCAUAAAAUUAUGCAUGAUCAGAAAGACGGUGUAAGGCAGAAUAGAAUGCAACAAACGGUUUUGAAUGAUCCUCAUUCUAUAAAAAGUUAUAGCCAGAUAAAAGGAGUUAUACACAGAAAGUUGUGAAAAAGGUUAUUUCAUCACCGUUUCUGUUAGUACUUGAUGUGGGAAGCUUUUGUUGCAAUUACAGCCCUGCAGCCAUGUCCCAUGGAGCGAACCAAGGAUUUUAGUUCAUCGGGUGUUAUAAUGUGAAACCAAGAUUGGAUUACUGAUUCUAUCAAUGGUGCUUUAUUCCUUGGAUACUUCUGACUAACAAGUUUCUUUAAUCGGCUCCACAAAUUUUCUAUUGGAUUCAGGUCAGGGCUAUUACACUCUGUCACUGGUCAGUUUUGAGUUAAGGAAAUCCACUUCCGGUUACGUAAGGCAGACAUACUUUCUUUUUCUGGUUAUUUGGCUGCAACAUUUGAUAGAAAUAACAUAAUCCAACAUAGGGUUGCCAUAUUUCAAACAGUGAAAAUCUGGACAGAAUUUAUUUAUUUUAGCUUUUUUUGGGGGGGCAAAAACUUUGAUGUUUUUAAGCUAAUAUUAUUGGAAAUCGGCAAAAGCGACACCGCCGACACUGGUUGCCAUACGUCUGGAUUUUCCCAGACAUUUUUCCGAUUACUGCCCAGAUGCUGCUGCCGACUGCAGUAUUCCGGAUGUGUCCAGAAAAUUCUGGACGUAUGGAAACCCUAAUCCAACACUGUUUGUUCCCUUAUAUCCUGCAUUGAACUAUCUUUCUAAUGAUGUAUAAUUUUAUGGUAUUAAAAACUGAUGUCAUGAGCCAUCAAACCUUAGAAAUACAAAUUUCCUUAAAGCUUCCCACGAGUUUGACCACUAGUAUGGUCUCUCACAGUCCCUAUGGCUGUAACAGCCUGAACAAAAGAAGCCUUUAAAAAACACACCCAACCCCAAAGAAAGUGUUUCAGAUUAGCUCCACCAUUGAUUUAAUACUUCUGCUGAUAAAAAUGCCAGCCUGUGUACAAACCCAAGUACACAGAAAACUAAGAGAAUUUAGUUCUGUUGCAUUAAUACCCUGCUUCUCUUCCAUUGUGCUAACCUUAGCUGGUUACAACUCAAAAGACACAGCACAAAAGGAAAAAGGGUUGGGAGGGAGGAAGAAGAAGAAGAAAGAAAUGUAGGCAAGAAUUCUGUAUAUUCCACCUUCCUUCCAUCAUGGAACUCAAGGGGGCAUGCAUGUGGUUAACCAGACCCAGACCUGCUUAGCUUCAGCAAGAUGGUGGCCUCAGAUGACAGUGUGGGAUGAAUAGACGAGGACAGAGACGUUACUAGGGACUUGCCCUCUUAGGAAUGUGAAAGGGCCCCCUCCUCUGGUUGGGAGGGCCCUGGACAGGAUGUUGAAGGUUGCAUUCUGUCCUUAUCCGUGUCUUUCCAGGGAAAGGCCAGGUUUGGUGCUUAUGACAUCAGAAUGUAAGAUAAUCUGUCCUGUUCUCACACUGGCCAGCCAGGUGCUCCUCCUCCUGAUUGCAAGAGUGUUCCCACUUUCUGCAAUUUCCAGCAGGAUUGAGAAGGGCUGCACUUACGAGGAAGUCAGAGUAGGGUCAUGGCAGCCACGGAGCAGGGACCGCAAGCUCUUUAAGAACAGGGCUGGGCUGCCAAACUUGCAGAACUACAUCUCCCAUCAUCCCUGACCAACGGGGGCUGCUGCGAGUUGCAGUCCGGCAGAUAAUCCAGAGGACCACUGCAGUUCCUGAUCCCUGUCUUAGGGAGGAGCUUGCGUUGCCCUGCCUUGCCGAGAGAGAGAGAGAGAGAGAGAGAGAGAACGAGAGAGUCUGCUUUACCUUGUCUCCCCCCACCCCCCUCAAAUGCACACGCUUUCCUUUGGUCCGGCAGCCUUGGAAAAUAGAUGCAGGAGUACUGAGAGGAAGGCAGAUUCUCUGUUGAAAGAGAAGAAGAGGCUGGAAGCCGAGCUGGAGACGGUGUCUAGGAAAACGCACGAUGCUUCUGGCCAGCUGGUCCUCAUCAGCCAGGAGCUGCUGAAGAAAGAAAGGUCAGUCUCCUCCGUCGGCUUAGCAACCCCACCUUCAGCUUCCAAUAUCUCCUCUUCCAGUUCACCCACUCAUCGUUGUCCCACCACCAAUUCCCUGGGCUCUGAGGCUUCUUUUUUUAUAAUUUUUUAUAAAUACAAUGCAAGUACAAUAUGGGCAUGACUUUAAAGUAACACCUUACAUUAAAAACCUGACGGUACCAAAGGUUAUUCACCAAAGCCAGACUAAACGUCUUUCCUUCUGCAGUGUUGGACGGCAGAUGGAGAGGAGUUCCCUACCAGGACAGACUUUGCUCGUGUGCUCAAGACAUCGAUUCUAUAUAUUUUGCUGCACUGUGCAAAAUAUGAGCAAGCCAGGGCUGAACUGAUAUUAACCUUGCUGGUACCUUUCCCAGGAAAAUCAGAGGCUCACUAUGUCAGGUUCCUAUUGGAAGACCGGACAAACGCUAGAACAUUAGCAGUGGCAAAGUUUUUAUCAGUGGUUGCAAGAACCAAUGAUUCCUAUCUUUAAGUCUGAACAAAAUGCUUGUUUAACCUGGAGGUAGGCUGUCUGAAUUGUGCAUUGCUUUGUAACGAUUUGUUGGGUCUCUGGACCGUAAUAAAGAUUGAUUGAUUGAUUAUAAUUUUUUAUUAGGUUUUUAAUCAUUUUAUACAUAUCAAACAUAACCUUUUUGAACAUUCAAAUACAAGGUUCUUUUGAACCUUCGGACCUCCUUCCCUCCCUCCAUGGAUUCCAUGUUUAAAUUUAAGUUUCCCGUAUCUUUUACCAUUAUCUACCUAUUAAUUAACCGUAAUUAACCAUCAGUUUCAUCUGCCAUUCUUCUCCUUCCUUCCAUCUCUGGGCUAGUAGCAUUCUCGCUGCUGCUGUUGUGUACAUAAAAAGUCUUUUAUCUUCUCUCGGUAACUCUUCACCUGUUAGACCUAACAAAAAGGCCCUGAGCCUUCUUCCCUUGCUGGUUCCUCAGCUGGUUCCUCUCACCAAUCCUCUGUGUCUAACUAGUCCUUGACAAUCCUUGAAUAGCUGCCUGGCAAAGCUCUCCCCCAGCCUUUGGACAGUGAAAGGGCACAGUGCCGGCAGCAAAACCUCCAAUGUUUGUGUGUGUGGAGAGCACUAGCAAAACGUCUGCGAUAAAGCCCCCUUGUUGACGUUCUCCUGGCUCUCUCCCACCAGGAGCCUGAACGAGCUGCGAGCUUUGCUCAUGGAAGCCAACCGGCACUCCCCUGGGCCCGAGCGGGACUUGAGUCGCGAGGUGCACAAAGCCGAGUGGAGGAUGAAGGAGCAGAAGCUCAAGGACGACAUCAAGGGACUCCGGGAAAAGCUGAUCGUCCUGGUGAGCUGGUGGAGAGCUGGGCUGGGUGCCCAGAGCAUUGGGGGGCUGUGGUGGAGGGCUCAGGGGUGUAGCGAGGGGGGUGCGGUGGGUGCAGACCACCCCGGGUAUCACCACUGAGGGUGACAAAAUGGUGGGCGGCAUUCACAGCGGGGCCUGCAGUGCGCCCGAGCCAUGCAUCUCUCCUGGGAGGGCUCUGCGCUGCCCCAAAUGGUCCGCCUGUAGGGUGGCUGAGUGGAAGGAGGCAGGAAAAUUCCUCUGAGGCCCUGCGGACGCACACGACCCCAGGCGCCCAAUCAGCUUGCUCCGCCGCUGAGAGGGUUGAAGGCUUGAGCCACAUGACGCUGGGCCGCUGCAACGCUCUCUCUCUGGAGCUGCCUUUACAAGUGGCCCGGAAACUUCUAUUGACUAAAAAGGCCACUUGUCCCACUCUGUACCCCUGAGCUUGGGUCCAGUUCAUUGAUUCUGCGUGUUGCCAGACUCCAGCACCCAUCAGCUCCAGCCAUUAUGGCCGAUGGUCAGGAAUGAUGGGAGUUGUAGUCCACCAACAACAACUGGAGGGCCUCAGGUUCCCCACACAAUUCCAAGUGCAACCUGCAGGAAGGCAACCUGCAGCCUGAACUCAUUUUAUGAGGACCCCCAUGGCGGCAUACACACCAUACAUUUUAAAGCACACACCCCUCCCAGAUUCCUGGGGACCGCAGUUUACCCUCUCAAAAGCUACAGUUCCCACAAACUACCAUUUUCGGGAUUCUGUUGGGAAAACCGUGCCUGUUUGAAGUGGUAUGAUGCUGCUUUAAAUGUAUUAUGCAGAUGGGGCCUAAAUUAGGUCCAUAUUCAUUUCAGCGGAUCUACUCUUGAGUAAAACUUAGCUGCAGUGAUUAGUUAAUUAAUUGGUUGGAUUAAUCAGAUGACAACGUUUAGAUUGCCCUGGAUUAAUUUGGCACCAGAUUCUGUUUUCUGCAUUAUCACUUGGUCUUAUUCCUAUAAAAUAACCUUAAAAAAAUUAAUCAGAUGGCAAGGAGAGUGACUUUUGGUCUUUGCUUCGGUCAUGUAGAAGAUACAGUGGUGCCUCGCAAGACGAAAUUAAUUCGUUCCGCGAGUUUUUUCGUCUUGCGGUUUUUUUCAUCUUGCGAAGCACGGUGUCGGGAAAGUUUUGGAAAAGCUUCAAAAAUCACCAAAGUCUUCAAAAACCUCAAAAAAGGCUACCACACCGCGUGCUAUGAGUUGCUCCUCGAAGUCAAGUCGCAACUGUAUUAACGGUUUAAGAAAAAGGAAACAAACUUGCAAGACGUUUCCGUCUUGCGAAGCAAGCCCAUAGGGAAAAUCGUCUUGCGAAGCAACUCAAAAAACCAAAAACCCUUUCGUUUUGCGAGUUUUCCGUCUUGCGAGGCAUUCGUCUUGCGAGGUACCACUGUAGAGGAAACCUCCUUCUCUGUUGCUCCAGAGGGGAAGCUUAGACUCGAGGGGUGGAAAUUGCAAGGAGGCAGAUGCUGGCUAAACAUGAGAGGUGAAUUUUCCCAAAGAGCAGGAGCUGUUGGGCGGUGAAACAGCCUGCCUUGUUGGGAGUGUUGGCUUCUCCUUCUCUGGAGGCAUUUAAGCAAGGAUGCCAGGGUUUGCAAGAUCUGGCAUUGAUCCAGGGAUGAGAAUAGAUGACUCCCUGGGUUCUCGUCAAGUGUGUGUUUCUAGUUUUACGGUUGCUGUUCUUUUCAAACAUCAUAAUCUAAACUAAAGAAUAUUCCCUCCCUACUUAAAAAAUGAUUGAUUGGAUGCUACCAAUUAUUAUAAUUGAUGGAUUCUCGCACGAUCAAUAAUUCUUUUCAUGAGACUUUUUAAAUCGGGGAGGUAGUAACUCCUCCUGCGUCAGUAAAACGGCAAUUUCUGAGUGCCACCCACCCACCCACCUGGUUAUGAGAAACAUCAUAAACUCUCUCUGUGCUUUUCAUUUUACGCUUGACUGCCGAACUCUCUAGUGGUAAAGAGUUGUAUAAAAUGCCUAUGGAGCACAGCUAGCAAAAACCCCCAUUAAAAUAGUGUUUGAAGGACUCAAAGCACUUGUGGUUUGUUUGUUUGUUUGUUUGUUUGUUUGUAGUAUUAACAUAUACAGUGGUACCCCGCAAGACAAAUGCCUCGCAAGACGAAAAACUCGCUAGACGAAAGAGUUUUCCGUUUUUUGAGUCGUUCCGCAAGACGAAUUUCCCUAUGGGCUUGCUUCGCAAGAUGAAACGUCUUGCAAGUUCUUGCGAGAUUGUUUCCUUUUUCUUAAAGCCACUAAGCCGUUAAUAGCCGCUAAGCCGCUAAGCCGUUAAUAGCCGCUAAGCCGCUAAUAGCUGCUAAGCCGCUAAUAGCCGUGCUUCGCAAGACGAAAAAACCGCAAGACGAAGAGACUCGCGGAACGGAUUAAUUUCGUCUUGUGAGGCACCACUGUACCGUAUUUUUCGCUCUAUAAGACGCACCAGACCACAAGACGCACCUAGUUUUUGGAGGAGGAAAACAAGAAAAAAAAUAUUCUGAAUCUCAGAAGCCAGAACAGCAAGAGGGAUCGCUGUGCAGCGAAAGCAGCAAUCCCUCUUGCUGUUCUGGCUUCUGUGACAGCUGCGCAGCCUGCAUUCGCUCCGUAAGACGCACACACAUUUCCCCUUACUUUUUAGGAGGGAAAAAGUGAGUCUUAUAGAGCAAAAAAUACGGUAAUUAUCAAUAAUCUGCACAACAGCCCUGUCUUUCAUAGAGUCAUAGAGUUGGAAGGGACCUUGAGGAUCAUUAGUCCAGGCAUGUCCAAAAGGUCGAUCACGAUCUACUGGUCAAUCACGGGAGUGUCCGUGGUCAAUUGCGACACCCCCUGGUGUGUCACCCCCCAAAAAAGCAAACCAAAACCUCAACAACUUUUGUUUCCCAAAAAUAGCUAAGCAAUUUGGCUUUCUAAAAAAGCUCAACAACUCCUGUCCAUUCUCCAGUGACAAUGGGCAGAUCACUGCCUGUUUAUUUAAAAGACUGAGUAGAUAGCAGUCUCUUGGAAGUUGGACGUGCCUGAUCUAGUCCAAUUCCCUGCAAUGGAGGAAUAUGCAUUUGUCCCAUAUGGGGAUCGAACCUGCAACCUUGGCAUUAUCAGCACCACGUUCCAGCCAACCGAGCUGUCCAUGGUAACUGAGCAAUGCCGUAUUAUUAUUACAGUGGUACCUCGGAUGAAGUACUUAAUUCGUUCCGGAGGUCCGUUUUUAACUUGAAUUCUUAACCUGAAGCACCACUUUAGCUAAUGCUGCCGCACCGCCGGAGCACGGUUUCUGUUCUCAUCCUGAAGCAAAGUUCUUAACCUGAAGCACUAUUUCUGGGUUAGCGGAGUCUGUAACCUGAAGCGUAUGUAACCUGAGGUACCACUGUGAUCCCAUGUUGCAGAAGUGCCUUGCCUAAGGACCUGUUCCUGAAUGCAUGGCAGGAGGCCAGAACUGGUGACUUCUGGUUUCAACCUCAGCCCCUUGUCCGCUCUUCAGAAGGUUCCUCCUCUGGAUGAAUAGGCCCCAAAUGUUCCUGUUCACUUCUUUAUUAAAGAGCUGAUUUAAUAUUUGUUUAAAUCUAACCUUUCAUAUUUUAAUGCAAUAAUACUGUUGUUAAAAAACAACAACUUUUCUCCUCCAGGAUAAAGAGAAAGCAGUAACAGACCAGCGACGAUACUCCCUCAUAGACCCUUCGUCCGAGUCCGAAGUCCUCCGGUUGCAGCAUCGUCUCGUCAGCACGGAGGACGUCCUGAGGAACGCGCUGGAGCAGGGCCAGCAGAUGGAGAAGCUCGUGGAAGCCAUGAGAAGCUGCUCUGAGAAAGCACAGGUGGGUGUUCCCUGCCACAUGGACUCUCUGUUCUCCCCACCGGGCAGAUUCCCUCUUUAAAUAUAUAUAUAUAUAUAUAUGUGUGUGUGUGUGUGUGUGUGUGUGUGUGUGUGUGUGUAUGUUUAUACAUUUCACUAAUUUCAGGUUUAUACAUUUCACUAAUUUCAGGUUUAUACAUUUCACUAAUUUUGCAAUCAUUUUAACAUUUCAAAACUUGACUUCCUUUCCCCUUUUUCUGCGGUUCCUUCAAUUUAUUUUUAAUAAAUAAUAAUUUAUUAAAUAAUUUAUUUUUAAUAAUAACUUCUGCAUAUCCAAACUUACCGUACUUUUCGCUCUAUAGGACGCACCUUGUUUUAGAGGGGGAGAACAAGAAAAAAAAUUCUCCCCCUCUCUGCUCAGCGCCCCUUCAGCAAAGGGGCAGGAGAAAUGGAGCCCCUUCCAUUUCUCCUCCCGCUUGGCUGAAGGGGCGCUGCGCAGCUCUCCCUCUCUGCUGAAGCCGGGAGAGUCUUGCUCUCCCGGCUUCAGCAAAAGGAACCCGAAGCCUUCAUGGUGGCUAUCCCUGAAGCCUGGAGAGCAAGAGGGGUCGGUGCGGACACCGACUCCUCUUGCUCUCCAGGCUUCAGCGAAAGCAACGCGAAGCCUCCGGAGUGCGGAGGGAGCGCUCCCUCUGCGCUUCGGAGGCUUCGCGUUGCUAUCGCUGAAGCCAAGGAGCCUGCAUUCGCUCCAUAGGACACACACACAUUUCCCCUUAAUUUUUGGAGGGGAAAAGGUGCGUCCUAUAGAGCGAAAAAUACGGUAAUUUGCUCAUUUAUUCAUCGACUUUAAAUAUAUACUCUUAUAAAACUGCAGGGUAUUACAAUAAUCCUGCCAAUGUUCUUACCUGUUUACAAGUUAUCUGCAAAUACUCAAUAAACUAUUUCCAUUCUUUUAUAAAAAGUUUGUUAUCUUCAUUUCUUAUUCUUCUGGUAAGUUUUGCCAUUUCUGCAUAUUCCAUAAGUUUUUGUAUCCAUUCUUCCUUUGCUGGGACUUCAGCUUCUUUCCAUUUUGGGGACGAGUAUCAUUCUUGCCACUGUAGUGGCAUAGAUGAAUAAGUUUCUAGACAGUUUAGGUACUUCUGUCCCUAUAAUUCCUUAAAGAAAAGCUUCUGGGUUGUUGUCUUUUACAAAUGUUAUUUUAGAUGUUCUUUUCAAUUCAUUAUAUAUCAUUUCCCAGGCAGAUUCUCUUCUCACUUUAGCCACAAGUUAUUUCAGUUGCGCCCCUUUUUAUGUAAAGGGGAAGAUUGCCAUGUCUUUAGCUUAUGCCAUUUUCCCCCACAAAAUAAGCUUUAAUCAUCUCACAUCUGGAUUUUUGCAGUACAUAAAAUUGCUGGUUUUCAUUAUUCUUUGGCUAUUUUUGAUGUACCUUCUGAUUGCUGUGCGUCCAACUUACCUAAUACACCGCCUCUUUCCAUCACUUUUUCCACCCACCCUUUUCAUUUUAGACUAUUGGGAAUUCUGGAUCUGCUAAUGGAAUCCACCAACAGGAAAAAUCUAACAAACAAGAGGUGGGUGAUUUGAAACAUCUCCCCUGCACGGCUUCCUUGGUUUGCUCUGCUUUUUAAAAAAAUUCUUGCUGAAACAUACUCACACAAUGAGCAUAAUAGCACUAGUUUUGGGGCAGGGGAAGUUAGAAGAAGAGUUAAGAGGGUCUGUGUGGCCUCUUGGCUCGCGGGUCAGGCCUAGGCUUGACCAUGAUGCUCGCUGGGUGACCUUGGGGCCAUCACUGUCCGUUACCCUAACCAACCUCACAGGGUUCCUGCGAGGAUGAAAUGGGGUGCGGAAAGAACUGUUUUCACCGCUUUUGAGCUGCCUGGAGGAAAAAGUGGGGUAGACGUUAUGUCGCAAUUUUUUAAAAAGGGAUUGUGUUGACCUUUCCAGCAUUUGGCAGAACCUUUCGAACGAUACCUUCAUGAGCCUCGUUGAGGUGUUGUGGGGAGGGUGUCAGAGGAGGAGGAGAUUGGGGAAUUGAGGCAUGGGAUUCUGGACCCCGGGAAGAGUCCGAUCCUGGGGAGACUCCCAGCAGCAUGAGAGGUGGGGAGCUGGAUUCAUGGGAAGGAAUUGCCCAUCUGCCAUCUCACCUGCUGUGACUCGGACGUCUUCCCUUGUCAGCACAGAGCUGAGCUCUUCUGGGGAGGCACUUGGGAAUAAACCAGGCAACGGGUGGCUCUGUUGACCUUGUCUCCAUCUCCAAUGAUGUGGAGGCAACGGUGCAAAACAUACCAUGCAUUCUCAAGCUCUGUGGAGUACUGCCCACUUCCUUGCCCAGUUCCAAACCUCAAGACAUCAAGGGGAUUUUUGGUUUUUCUGAAUGGAAGGAGACUGGUCCAGCUCUUUGGAUAAAACACCUAGGCUAAGCCAAGUGCUUGGAGGCAGCUUUCUCCCAUCCAAGUACUAACUAGGCCUGACCCUGCUUAGCUUCUGAGAUCAGACGAGAUCGGGCAUGUUCAGGGUAGUAUGGCCAUAGACUUGGAGGCAGCUUUCUAUUUGUGUGAAGAGUUGGGAUUCAGUGAUUAAGGAAAGACAACCUGCACGUGCUCAGAGAUAGCGUCGUUCCAUUUCAAACUGAAAUACAAAUGCCACACGGGCAGAAAAUAAAUUAAGUGGUCUUCCAAGACCCUCUGCAAUUUUCAAGAGGUCCAUGGGGAGGGUGAGGGAGUUUGGGAAUUGCUGUUCUAACUAAUGCCGAUCCUGUUUUACAUGAACACAAUUUUUGUUUUCGGAGGGCAGAGCCCAUCAGAUGAGAUAUUGGCGUCAAUUGCGAACAUGGCCAGAUCCGUUCUCUGGGAUGUCUCAGCCAGCUUAGAGACGAUUGUCGUCGAGCAGCCUGUAAAAACGGCUUCCCGUAAAAUGAAAUCAAUAAUAAACAGACUGCCUUCCUUUCUUUCAGGAGAAGCACUGAUGAAGGAACGGAGGUGGAGAGGACUCUAUGAUGCCAGGAUUUGCUCCUGAGAAGAGGCCGGGCAAGAGACGUCGCCCUCCGCCCCCUCCAAGCCCCUCUCCCAGCUUAAAACACCACCUAAGAUUAUUUUCAGUAUUUCCGCUCUAUGGACAGGUCUGCGUUCAUAGCGCGCUCUCGUAGGCACAUCGGUUCAUAAUUUCCAAGCUGGGCCUGGUUUCCGAAGAGAGCGGUGUAGCCGCUGUGUGUCUGCGGCUGGAUUUCUCUGCCGCUGGUUGCAGCGUCCAGUGACUGUUUUUAUUGGCCUUGGUCACCUUGUGCCAGUAUAUUUUUUGGGGGGGGGUGUUAACACCCUGCUGCAUUGGCUGGCAGAAACUUCUCGUUCCGGCGGCCUGGUGGGAGAUGCCCGCAACCUCCUUAGCGACUUCCCGAUACACUCGAAUGCCCUUGGCGUUCUGCUCCCCCUCGGCCGCCGCCCCCAAGACGGAAGCUCCUCCCUUUCCUUGGCAGGUCAGCAAAACAGCGGCAACUCUCCAUCCCAGGAUGUCGGCCGUCGGAGGCAGAAGGGCGAGAUACCUCCAUGGCCUGCAGAAUAGAGACUCUCUCUCUCUCAAGCUCCAGAAUGUGGAGACCCUGCUCUUAAUAAUGUGGGACAUAGAUGUGCAGGUGGACAUUUCUCGUAACUUAUUUUAACUUUGGUAACUGUGGAGUCAUUUGGUAAUUUGGAAUUUAUGGAAUUGGUGAGGGGUGCGCAGAUCUUUGCUUGACCCACACACACCCCGGUGUAGUUCGGCCAUCUUGCCUGCUUGGAGAUCUCUCUACAUGAGUUGCCGGUGGGUGGGAUUGCUGUGGUGGUGAACUCUGCAAAGCCCUGAAGAUGGUUCGGUCUCCCUGCUUAUUUCUCCAUCGCUUCGCCCAGUUUGCUUUUGAAGUUCUGAGGUGGUUUUCCCAGUAGUCAGAAGGAGGGUUUGCAUUGCUGAUUUCUUCCCCUCCCCCCUCAAUACAGGCCCAGUUUAUACACUUGGUGGAAUCAAGAAAUAAAACACUCUCUUAUUGUCCUGAGCUGUACUGCUUUUUGGCAGCUUGGUGUGUCUGCCUAAAACCAACAAAAAUUGCAUCUCCUCGCAUGUAGAAAGCUAGCAGUGAGAGGGGUUCAACCUAAUCUUCUCCCUGCCAUACUCUCCACCACCCAGCCCUUCUCCAUAGAGCAGCAUUUUAAACACCCACCCUGUAGAUUUUAGAACAGGCAUGGGAAGCCCGUGGCUCCCUGGAUACUGUUGGACUACAACUCCCAUCAUCCUGGACCACUGACCAUGCUGGCUAGGGCUGAUGGGAGUUGGAGUCCAGCAGUACACGAAACACCCAAGCUCCCCCAGGCCUGCUGUAGAAGCACAGUCCAGGUCAAGUAUUACCGCUGGAUUCUCCGUGUGUAUAAACUGGGCCACAGAGAUUAAUCUGCAAGUUGGAAAGUGUGUGUGUGUGGUUUUUCUAACACAUGAAUGCUGGGGUGAGUGUGGCGGUGUCUUGUUUUUCCUCCCCACAGGCUUGCGAUUUUGUGGCAACGUUCGCGGGAUCAAAUCUUGCCACGAUAAGCUGAGAUCUGCACCAGUUUCAUGCUCCUCCCUUUGAGCAGGGAAAGCAAACCAGGAAGUCACAGUUGGCCAUAGUUUCCCGUUAUGUCCAAACCAGGAAACCAUGGUCAAUGGCUUCCAGACAUGCCAGAACAUGAAAUCCUGUUUUAGAGUUGGCUUCCAGAUCCUGAGCUGUUUGGAAGCCAUGAAACACAGUUUCCUGGCUAAGAUGCAAUGGAAAGCUGUGGUCGACACAGUGACCUUGUGCAAAGGGAAUACAUGAAGCCCAUGCAUGUCUCAGCUUAUAAACAGAGUCUAGAAUAUCCAGACAUGAAGCAUGUGUUACGAAUUGCUUCUAUCUCUCCCCACUCGCAGAGAGAUUGACCUCAGUAUUAGAAAAAAGCAAUAUAGGGAAUGGUGCCAGAAAUAGACAAUGUCUGGGCUUAAAGCAAGAGAUAGGAAGAGGCCUCCAAGACACAGUUGCCCCUGUCCCCUGAAUAUAACUUGAACUCGGGACCCUGUGAGCUCUAAAAGUGGUUUGGGUGAGCACUUCCACCACCACCACCCCUUCCCUACUGGUAUUAGGUUCAUGUGGCCUUUUCUUAGCCUGACCACCAGAAUCUGGCAAAUCAGAAAGUAGCUGCGAGGCAGAUGUGCCCGUAGUCACUGCCACCAUUCAGAACCUCUGUCCCAAGCCAAGGAAUCGAGAAGAGUAGCAAGCCAGGGUGCUGUGGGAGCGGGGCAGGGGGCGGGGACGUGCCAUUGGACUCUCCACGCUGGCUGCAACCGAAAGGAGUCACGAUCGGAUGAAUUUUGGGGGGUUGUGGCAAUGCCCAUCCCUGGACCAGUUCAAGGGAAGAUUUUGCCUGCCUGUUCAACAAGUGUGGGUGUUACUUAAAACCUAGCAGGGCUGGCACCUCUAGCACCCGGAAUGAAAGGCUCCUAUAAAUCAGAAACAUGAUUCUAGAUUCAGGUAGGUAGCCGUGUUGGUCUGACACAGUCGAAAUAAAUAAAAAAAUUUAAAAAAUUGUCUGGUAGCACCUUAGAGACCAACUAAGUUUUUUCUGGGUGUAAGCUUUUCGUGUGGUACCUGAAGAAGUGUGAAUGCGCACAAAAGCUUAUACCCAGAACAAACUUAGUUGGAUGGUGUUGUGGGUUAAACCACUGAGUCUAGGACUUGCUGAUCAGAAGUUUGGUGGUUCGAAUCCCUGCAACGGGGUGAGCUCCCAUUGCUCGGUCCCUGCUCCUGCCAACCUAGCAGUUCGAAAGCGUGUCAAAAUGCAAGUAGAUAAACAGGUACCGCUCCGCCGGGAAGGUAAACGGCAUUUCCGUGCGCUGCUCUGGUUCGCCAGAAGCGGCUUAGUCAUGCUGGCCACAUCACCUGGAAGCUAUACGCCGGCUCCCUCAGUCAAUAAAGUGAGAUGAGCGCCGCAACCCCAGAGUCGAUCACGAUUGGACCUAAUGGUCAGGGGUCCCUUUACCUUUACCUUUAAAGUGCUACUGGACAAUUUUUUUAUUUUUUUUAGAUUUAUUUUGGCUCAGAAACAUGGCAAGCCAACAGUGUCCCUCCUCCCCAAUGGAUUACAGGCUGAGCUCAUAUGCCAAAAGCAUGCCACCCCAGCUCCUAAUCUAGUUUGUUGAUGUCAACGCAGUCCCUGCCACAACAGCUUGACCCAGGCAUAGGCAAACUCAGCCCUCCAGAUGUUUUGGGACUACAACUCCCAUCAUCCCUGACCACUGGUCCUGCUAGCUAGGGAUCAUGGGAGUUGUAGUCCCAAAACAUCUGGAGGGCCGAGUUUGCCUAUGCUUGGCUUGACCUCUCUUCUCCCCAUCGUUGUUCCUUUUUGGACCUUUAUUUAGCCCUCCCUUUUUUUUUAGCCCUCCUUUAUUUAGCCCUCCCUUUUUUUAAAGCAACUUGACUUUGUUUCUUUCAGGUACGUCACUAACCACUAAAAUAUUUCUGGGUGCUUUUGGGGGGCAGGUGAACUCCUUGUUGCAGAUUUGUUCCUAAUGCAGUCAGUCCACAACGCCUGGCGGUUCAGUUCCGUGUCCCUAGCAGCUCCUUAGAUCUGCGCAGGGAAAUCCCUUCCCUGAUGGGUUCUCCAGGGCUCCUCUCUUGACCUCCAGGAGAAGCAGCAUGGAGCAAUGCAAGGCCAGAGUUUCAGAACUGCGCAGAGCUCUAAAUCAGUAGACCUCUCCAACUCAGGGCUCGGGGCAGUAGGAAAUGUGGAGAAGCCCUAAGCCUGGAAUGCAAACAAGGCCUUUUCUACAGACUAUCUUCUCAGGCCCUGCCAGGAGUCAUGGACUGAAGUCUCUUUCUCAUUCGCCUCUACCUUAGUUCACCCCUAGACUCAUUGUCUACCUUGGACAUCCAGCGAUGGGGAGCGCGAUACUCCAGGUGAAGAAGCAGUUUCUGGGAAUCGCUGUGGAGGGACAUCUUGGCUGGCAGGGUUGGAGGGCCUGGUCUUCCGUAGAGGAGGAGAACCUAUGGUCCUCCAGAGUUUGGUGGACUGCAGCUCCCAUCAUCUCUGGCUGUUGGUUAUGCUAGCUGGGGAUGAUGUGGAGUUGUUCAGAAGGCCACAGGUUCUAGCAACUCCAUGGUUCUUCUGAUGGAACUCAUCUAGGUCAGUGUGAGAGCUGCUACCCAAAGUGAGUGUACCAGCAUCACGUAACGUGGACCUCUUUUGAGGAUCCCGGUCAGGAAUGCCUGAGGGAGCACAGCAGAAUUUCUUGCCCAUUGCUGUUUUCCACGAUAAGAGCACGGAUAGCCAACCUGGUGCCCUCCAGCUAAUGUUGGACUCCAUCUCCCAUCAGCCCCAGCCAGCAUAGCCAAUGCUCAGGAAUGAUGGGAGUUGCAGUCGAACAUCUGGAGGGCACUGUGUUGUCUAUACCCCUAAACGUACACUGUGCCAAUACCUGUAGUAUUAGGAAGAAAGGGUGUGAAGAAACAUCUAUAUUUUUCGUCUGCUGUUUUGAGGUAUUCUUGCCAAAUGUUUGCACGUCAAGGCAUGGUUUGGUAAGAAUAGCCGAGCAAAACAGUUGGCCAAAAUGACCAGAACUGCCUUUGCCAACCUGGUGCCCUCACUAUGUUAUUGGACUCUGCCAACUCCCAUCAGCCCCAGCUAGUUUUGUAGAGUUGUGGUUCAAAACUUCUGGAGGGCACCAAGAUGGGGGGAAAUGACUCAAAUAUAACUUCUGUGAGAUCUUGGUUCAGAAUAACAUGGGAACGGGGGGGCUAUUCUCAUGGAGCUACAAUUCCCCUCAGAGAGAUACACCAUUCCCAGAGUUCCUUGGGAAGAGGGGGAUCAGUUGCUUAAACUACUUUGAGGGGAUUUGUAGCUCUGUGAGGAGACUAAGGGACCUCCUGACAACUCUCAGCACCCACAACAAGCCAGAGUUCCCAAAAUUCUUUGCGGGGAAGCCAUGACCAGUCAAAGUGGUGUCUUAGUGCUGAAAUGAAUGGUUUGAGUGCGGUCUUCAUUGGUCUUCAAGUGGACCUCUGACAAAGCACCCCGUGUUGCUUCUCAGUUUUGUUUUGAUGAAUUGCUUCUAUUUAUGGAUGGGCAGAAACAGAUGUAAAUUCUUCUCCAUCAUCUCCCCCAUUUAUGCCAUUUCUCUGUGCUUUCCGAUGGAUUUAUCCACAGGGCCUUUUUUGGGAAAGCCCCAUUCCAAGGACAGCUCACGCUUCCCACCCAGGCUCUGAAGGCCUCAUUCCCAGAGUACUGGCACCUUCCCCCCCCCCCCCGAAACAAAGCGCUGUGCAAAUCUAUUCAAGACCAAGGGUAGGGAACCUCUGUGGCCCUUCCCAGAUGUUUCUGAACUACAACUCCCAUUGGCCAUGCUGGCUGGGGCUGAUAGGUACUGCAUGUCCAACAACAUCUGGAGGGUCAGAGGGUCUGCUUCCCUGGAUCAUUUGCCCGCCCCAAAGAUAUUUUCGCACACAGGGCCAGUAUCUGCUCACCUUUGGUGUACACACCCUCUUCAUCAGGAGCUGAAGGGGGGACCUGAAUAAAUUCAUAAAGGGAUGUAAUGCUUAAUUUAUUUUUUUUCCGACCAUUUUGCUGUGUGAGCAGGAAAAGCCUUAGGGGUCUGUGAGUGCAAGAAUCAAAAUAUAAGGCCAGUUACAGAGGGUGAAGGAAGAGACACACACCCUGUCGAGAAUCUAGAGCAGGGUUUCCCAAACUUGGGUCUCCAGCUGUGUUUUUUUUUAGACUACAACUCCCAUCAUCCCUAGCUAGCAGGACCAGUGGUCAGGGAUGAUGGGAACUGUAGUCCAAAAACAGCUGGAGGGCUGAGUUUGGGAAACCCUGUUCUAGAAGGCCAAAUUAUUUUCUCUGUAAGGAUCAAGAGGACUGGAUAGCUCAGUUGGUUAGCACGUAGUGCUGGCAACACCAAGGUUGCAGGUUCAAUCUUCAUAUAGGACAGCUGCAUUGUGGGGGUUGGACUAGAUGAUCCUCAGGGUCCCUUCCAACCCUGAUUCUAUGACCUAAAGGAAGGACUCUGUGAACCCAGCUUUGCCAAGCUUGGUGCUUUCCAGAUUGCUUUGAACCACAACUCCCAACCACCUGGAAGGCACCGGGUUGGCAAAAACACUUAGAAAACAUUCAGAGGCAACGCAAAGCGCUGUGUGUUGUCUCCUUUCGUUAAGGCACAACGCUACACCCCGAAAGCCAAAUACAGGAGGCCACAGGUUGCAAAGAGGUGCCCGUGACUCACCACCCGUCCUGGUCCUCUCCCUUUAGUUGAGGAUGCCAACCAAAUACAUGCAUGUUGUCAAUUUCACACCAAGACAAAACCCGCGGUACCAACACAAGUCCUAAUGGAAAGCUUUCCAGCAAGUCAGCACUUAAAUCUGUUACGGAUCUCUUAAUAAAUCCACUACACAAACAAAGCCAACUUGUCGGCCUUCUGAGCAGAGCCAGAAUUAAGCUGAUACUAGAUGUACAAAUAAAUUAAAAUACGGAUAACCUUUUACCCUUGUGGUAUGUAUUCCAAUUUUGUAGUUUUAGUCACUUUUUUGGCUAUCGAAUUUUGUUAGAGAAAGAAAAAUCAGUUUGACAGCUAAUGUCCUAUUUUGUUAUCGGCUUAAUUUUAUCCUUUUCCUUUUUUUUCUCUCUGUACAAAAGCUUUACAGAUGGGAGUCUAUUAAGUGUAACUACUUCUACAGAUUAUGUAUUCAUGUAUCGCAGGCCCUGCGACAGGCUUGCUAAAGUGUGAUGAGCUCAUACUAAACCAAUAAAACUUGUUGCGGAAGAGAAGC